UGUUUUUUAAAUGUUCAGUCACCUCCACUGUUAUUACAGCAAUAUGCCUCCAUCAUCACAACACAUCCAUCUACAGAACUAAAUGCAGUGAUAAGACAGAAGACCACAACCCACACACAACAGUCAUUUAAAAACAUGUAGCAAGCAGCCAUGGCAGAAUCCAGAGACUAUGUUGGAGAUUUCCUGACAGAAUUCAAGGAGCAGAUUAUUGCGAGAGCAACUCGAGUCAGUGACAUUACUGAGGCUGUAAUCUCCCAAAGUCUGAUCCAUGAAGCGGCGGCGCAAAAAGUGCUGGCUGCUGCAACUCAGCAGGGGGCAAUGCGGCUCCUGUUUGAGGCUUUGGAAAAAGAGCCAGCCAUAAACAGUGUGUCCUUCCAUCUCAUCCUGAGAAUGACAGAACCUGAACUCAUUCAAGAACUAGAGUGGAGACAGCGAAACACUAAACACACACAAACCGAGACAGGAAGUCCACCUAGUUCUCCCAGAGAAAAAAGAAGACUAGAGGACAAGAGUGGGCUUUCAAGUGACAUCCAAAAGAGAAAAGACUCGCUAAAAAGGCGUAGAUUUGAGACGAUGCGUGCUAUUGAGCAGAUCGAGAAACUAUGGGAAGGAACUAAACAGGAAAGAACUGAGAUAGACAACAUGAAGCAGAAGAUUCAGAGACAGCAAGAUGAAAUAACCAGAAUGACCACAGAGAAAGGGCAACUGGAGAGAACCAUCACUCACAUGAAAGCCGAGAUAGAUCACAUCCGUGAAAGAAUGGAUCGGAAUAAAGAGGAGGUGAACAGAGAGAGGGAGAGGGUUGAGCAAAUGAGGUCCGACCUCCAAGCAGAGCAAAGCAGCCUGCAGCAAAAGCGUGAUGAAAUAAUGACAGAGCGACAAAACUUGGAGAUGAUCAGAUAUGAAACUUUGAGACAGCAGGAAGAGCUGGAGAGCAACCGUGAAAGCACGAAGCAUGAGAUGGAACGAAUGGAACAAAUGAAAAGUGCCAUACAAGUUCAGAUUAAUGAGAUUGAGAUGAAGAUUGGAGAAACACAGAAAGCAAAAGAUCUGAUGGAACAGAUGAAAGCUGAAAUAGAGGAUGAGAAAAAUGAGUUGGAGAAGAAGAAGGAGGACAUCAAGAGGCAAAGAGAUCAAUUUGAGCAGAUUAAACUUGACCUCCAGCAAGUGAAAAUGGAAAUGGAGCAAAGGUGGCAUGAAACAGAAAAGGAAGGACUGGAACAAAGAGCAGUAAUCCAAAGGGAGAAAGAGCAGCUGAAAUACCUUCAAGACGAGAUUCAAAGAGUGAGAGAAGAGGUGGAAAGAAACCGAGAGUUUUCAAAACAAGAGCAUGCAAGAAUAAGCCAGCUGAGAGCUCAGGCACUUGAAGAAAACAACCUUAUUGAAAAUAAAUGGCAUGACAUUUUAAGAAAAGAAAAGGAUCUGGAGGAGAUGAAACAUGAAAUCGAGAGAGGUCGAGAGGAGCUGGUGAUGAAUGGAGAGCUGGUCAAGAAGGAAUGGGAAAAGAUUGAACAGGCCAAAGUGGACAUACAAAGCCACAUGAUUUCUAUGGAGGGCAGAGUUGAUGAAAUAAAGAGAGAAACUGAGAGGCUCAAACAUAUAAAGACAGAGAUGCAGAGAGACAAAGAUGCCUUAGAAAAACAGAAGGAUGAUACACGGAAAGCUAAAGAAGAAGCAGAGAGGAAGAGGUAUGAGAUUGUGACAGAGGAGCUGGAGCACAGAGCUCGACUGCAGAGAGAGAGAGAUGAGUUGGAGAAUAUAAGAGCAGAGAUGCAAAGAGUGAAUGACGUGGAGAAAGCCAAAAUACUGAAAGAGAAAGAAGAAAGCAUUAGGAUAAGAGAAGAAGCCAGACAAGAAAGAGAAACAACAGAACUAGUCAAUGCAGAGAUCAAGGCUGAAAAAGAACGCUUGAAUCAAAGACAAGAAGAAAUGCUGAGGGAGAGACAGGAGAUAGAGAGAAUUAAACAUGAAACAUUAAGAGCCAAGGAGGAGAUUGAGAACAGUCAGGAUGUCACAAUUAGAGAAUAUGAGAAAAUGGAAAAAAUGAAAGCUGAAAUUCAGGGGCAAAUCGAGGAUAUUGAGAAGAAGGUUGAGGAGAUCCAAAAAACCAAAGAACAAAUGGAAGAGGCAAAGGUUGAGUUGGAGGAAGAGCGAGAGGAUCUGGAAAGAAAGAGAGAUUUGGUAAGCAGAGAAAUUGAACAGGCUGAGUUCCUCAGAAAUGAGAUCCUCAGGGUCAAGGAAGAAAUGGAGAGCCGGUGGCGUGAAACGGAAACAGAGGAAGUCGAACUCAGGGCGAAAACACAGCAUGAGCUGGAACGACUGGAAAAGCUAAGAGAGGAGACAGAGAGAUCGCAGAAAAACAUUGAGGAGAGCAAGAUAGAGCUUAUGCUGUGGAAGGAAAGCCUUGACAAACUGAAGGGUGAGAUGGAGGAAGACAAACAUGUCGUUAUCAUGCAGAUGAAUGAAGCUAAAGCAAAGGAAGAACAGCUGACAAUGGUGAUUGAACAGUUGGAGAUUGAGCGAGGAGAAAUUACCAUCAGCAGAGAAAAGGUUAAAGAAGAAUUAGAUGAAAUCAACAGAAUGAGGAACGAGCUACAAAGACAACAUGCAGAAAUGGAGGACUGGUUUAGAGUAGUGAAUAAAGAAAAAGAGGAGGCAAACCUUGCCAAACUUGCAGUCCAUGAGGCUGAGAUGCUCUUAAAAAAGCAAAUGGAAGAGUCAGAGAAGAGAAGGUAUGAAAUGAUAACAGAGGCUCUGGAGCAAAGAGAUGAAAUACAGAAGAAAGCAGAAGAAUUAGAACAAAUAAAUAAAGAGAUACAAAGAGCAAGACAGGAGCUAGAAAAGAUGAGGUAUUUUGAGAAGGAAAGUCUGCAGAAAAUGUUGGAGGAUACACAGCAAGAGAGAGUGUUUGUUGAGCAAGUCAGAUCAGAAUUGCUGAAGAACAAAGCAGAUCAAGACAAAUGUUUAUUUGAGAUGGACAGUGAGAGAAAGGAGCUAGAACAGAUGAGAUUUCAGGUUGAGAAUGAGAAGAAAGAUCUAGAACAACGAAGGUAUGAGAUGAUGAGAUAUGAUGUGGAACAGAGUGCUCAGGUGCAGAGACAAAAAGAAGAACUUGAGAAGAUCAAAUCUCAGCUAGUUAUUGACACAGAAUCCAUGAACAGAAGCAGAGAGUUAGCGAGGCAAGAUAGAGAGAAAGCAGAACUUCUUAUCGUUGAGAUUCAGGAACAAAGAGAGGAUGUGAAUAAAAGGUUAGAGGAGACAAAACAAAGAGAGGAAGCUUUAAGGCUCUUGAGAAAGGACAUGGAGAAUGAGAGAGAAGACCUGGAGAAGAUACGUGUAGAAACCCUAAGAGGUAAGGACACUUACGAAGAGGUCAAGGAGGAGAUUAACCGUGUGAGAGCAGAAAUAGAGAGGUUGUGGGAUGAGGCUGAAAAGGGUGAUCAGGAAGAACGUGAGAAGAUAAACCAUGAAAAAGAGGAGAUGAUAAGGAAGAUGGAAGCUAUGAAGAGAGAAAUGGGUGAGAUCGAAGACAUGAAGGUGGAGUUAACAAAGCAGAAGGAGAACAUUGACAUGAAGAUGGAACAUGCAAGGUUGGAAAUGACUAACCUUGAAAUGAUGAAAGCAGACCUCCUGAGACAGAAAGAAGAUAUUGAGAACCAAAUGUUGGCAGCAAAGAGUGAGAGACAACAGAUGGAAGUGAUGAGGACUGAAAUCUUAAAACAAAAAGAGGAUGUUGAAAGGAAAAUGGAGCUAGCAAAAGCAGAGAUGGAGAAAAUGCAACAUGUCAAAGACGAAAUACAAAAACAAAGAAAAGAGCUGGAGGAAAGGAUGCAGAAAACCAAACGAGAGAUUGGAGAAAUGGAGCUGAUGAAGAGAGAAAUGGAAGGGAAGAAGAAAGAACUUGACCAAAGGAUGAAACUAACCAUGAGGAAGAAGGAAGAAAUGGAACGACUGAAGAUGGAGAUACAAAGGGCAAAAGACGAUAUGGAAUUUAAAAGAGUGGAAACCGAGAGGCAGAAAUAUGAAAUGGAGCAAGUUAAAGCUGAAAUCCAAAGAGCGAGGGAAGAAUUUGAACUUAGGGUGGAGGAGAGAGAUUUGGAAGAAGAGAAAGAGCAGAUGAAUCUCACAAUAAUCAACCUCAUUCAGCAGAUCGAGGCAACGAGAGAAAUGGUGCACAAAACAAAAUUCCAGUUCGAAAAUCGAAUGGCAGGAAGUCAAAUGGGGACAGCAGACCAAGAGGAGAUGAAUGCUGAGAUGCAGAGGCUCAUCCUGGAGAUCGAACAUAUCCGAGAAAUGCUGCGAGGUCUUAAGGGUGAGGUGGAACAGAACAAGGAAAUCAUGAAGAGAGACAGGGAGGAGAUUAGGCUGUUGAAGAUCGAAGUUCAACGAAGGAGAAGAGAGAUUGAAUACAGGGAAGAAAAGAUCAUGAGAGAACAAGAUGAACUAGAACUCAUGAGCAAAAUGGGGCAGCGCCAAAGAGAAGAGCUGGAGGAGAGACUGGAGGAGGUCAUUAAAGAGAAUGAUAGGGUGGAGCAGAUGAGAGAAGAUGUGAACAAUGCUUUGAAAGACAUAGACCAGGCAAAAGAAGACAUACAACGACAGAGAGAAGUCAUCGCUCAAGAAAAGGUUCAACCAGCCAUCGUUGCCACCAAAAGCUCAGAGUAUGCCAAAACAGAAGAACCAGGAGCCAUUAAAAGUUAUAGAGCAAGUGACCUUGAACUCAGCGCAAGUAUACAGAAAGAAAGACAAGAACUGGAACACUAUAAAGAAAUCAUUUUAAAAGAGAAACAUGAACUAAAUAAGAUAAAGGAAGAUGUAAAAGCAGUAAAGAAUGACGCUGAAGAGAGAAUGAUCAAACUGCAUGAGGAGGAGAAAGAGAUGAAAACAAAACGAGUGAGUCUACAAAACUGGGAAAGACAGCUGCAGACUGAGAAAGAAAAGAACCAAAAAGGUUUAGAUGCAAUAUGGAAUGAGAACCAGCAACUGAAUGAAAGAAAACAACAACUGGAUAUCAAGGAACUACAUCUACAAAGUGAGAAAAGCAAACUAGAAUACAAAAAACCGUUGGAAAUUAAACAAGUUGAUGCUCAAGUCCAAACUGAAUUGAUGGAAGAUGCUAGUGAAUAUGAUAUGGCACUGUCCAUAGAGGAGCUUGAUAAGCAAAGACAAUUUCUAGAAUAUUUCAAACAAGAACUGCUUGCUCAAAAAUGUACAAUGGAGAGACAGAUGGCAGAAAUAGAACUGAGCAGGGAUGAACUUUCUCUCAGAGAAGCUACUCUACAAACAGCAACGCAAACCACAGCAGACAUGGAGUUACAAUUGGAGCUCCAAAAGCAAGAGCUGGAACAAACAAAAGAUGAGAUGGAAAGGACGAAGUUAGAAGUACAGAAAGGAUGGGUUGACCUGCAGACUCAAAUUGCUGAAAGCAGAGAAAAAGAGGAGAUGGUAAGAAUAGAAUUAGAAAAAGCAAGAGAUGUUCUGAAUCGCAUUCGACAGGAUGUAGAAACAGAAAAGCAAACCAUGGAGGCUGAUCUGAAAUUCACUUUAGCUAAAGAAUUUGAGAACCUGGAAGCUCAGCGGAAAAUGAUGGAGGAUGAAAAGAGAGCAUUGGAGAACAUGAAAUAUGAGCUGCAGAGAGAAUCUGGCUAUAUUGAGAGAUCAAAACAUAACAUGCAUGAUGAAAGACAGAAUAUGGAAAAUUGGGCAGAGAAGCUAAAACAAGAAUGGGAAGAACUUGAAAAGAAAAGGCAUGACAUGCAACAACUACAAACAGAGAGAUCGAGAGAAAUAAAAGAUCUGGAAAACUUGAGAGAAUUGAAUGAACUGACACUGAACCAGAUCAAAACAAAGAGCGACGUUCUUGAAAAAAUAAGUGAACUCAAUUCACAACAGAAAGAUGAGAUUGAGAAUGAGAAGAGUAAGAUUAAAAUAAGAGAAUAUGACCUGCAGCAAAUGCAGACUGAUCUUAACAGACAGCAAAAAGAAAUGCAGGAUAUCCAGAAUGCAGUUUUCAUGGAAAAAAGUGAACUUAAGAAAAGCCAAGACGAAAUUGCAGAACAGCUAAAACAGGUUGGUGACAUGAUGCAGUUCACGCAAAAUGAAAAAGACAAUCUUGACAGAGAAAGGGCAGCUAUAAUUGAACAGAAGCUGCAGAUGGAGAGGGACAUGACACAUCUAUUAAACAGAGAGCUAGAAUCUCUGAAGCUUGUGAAAAAAGAAGUACUAAAUGAGAAGCGACUUCUUGAAGACUGCAGAAUAUCUUUAAUGAGAGAUAUGCAAGAUCUGGAGCAAAUGAAAAUCAAUUUGGAGAGAGAGAAAGAAGAGAUGCAACUGCAAAGACAAAGUAUUGCAGAAGAGAAAGACAAGCUUGAAUCUGUGCUACAAACAUUAGCUGAAGAUACUGAGAAGCUAAGAAUAGAUACUCUAGCUGAAAAACAAAAACUAGAGGACGCUGCGGUUGAACUUCAGAAAGAAAGAGAUGAGAUUAUGAAUAUUGCAGAAGAGACAAAAAGAAAAAGGGAGGAUGUGGACAAAAUAAGAGUUGGUAUAGAAAAGCAGGAAAUAACAUUUAAGGAUUUAAAGGCUGAUCUGCAAAAAGAAGCAGCUAUCGUUGAAAAUCAAAGACAGGCUGUUCAAAAAGACAUCCAGAAUGUAAAAGACAUGGAAGUUCAAAUUCAAAAAGAAAGGCAAUACAUGGAUAGACUAGUUGAAGAGAUUGAAAAGAGGACAAAAGCUCUUGAUGAGAUGCAAAUGGAGGUUGACAAAGAGAGGCAGGAGGUUGAGUCUAAAAGAGAUGAGCUCGAACAGGAAACAUCAAAGCUUAGAGAAGAUGAAGAUGAAUUUUCUCGACAAAAAGAAAAGAAUAACAUUAUACAAGCAGAGAUACAAAAAGAGAGUGACAAUCUAGAGCUGCAGAGUGAAAACAUCUCAAAAGAAAGAACCAUUUUUGAAUUGGAAAAAGAACAUUUAGGACUGAGAGAAAAUGAGGCUGAAUAUAAACAGAAACAAAUAGAUGAGUUGCAGAACAAAUUAAGGAUGGAAAAAGUGCAAGUUGAACAGAUGCAAGCCGAUAAAGAUCAACAACGGAAGAAAGCAGAAUAUGUAAAGACCGCAAGAGGCAGAGAAACAACAGCUCUGGAGGAACAAAGACAAGAAAUGGAAAGUUUGAGAGAAGAAUAUGAAAAUGUGGAGAAACAAAAAAAACAUGUAAAUGAGCAAAAGGAAUUAUUUGAAAGCCGCAUGAAAUCGUUGGAAAUGGAGAAUGAAGCAAUGAAAAAAUAUAAAGAAAAACUGGAUAAAGAAUAUGAAGACUUGCAGUUUCAGAGGCAAUUGUUUGAGAAAGAGAUACAGCAGAUGAGAACUGAGCUUCAGAUAGAAGCGGAAAAUAUUGAGAGAAAAAAGAAAGAGCUAGAAAUACAAAAGCCAGCCGUCUACACUGAAACAUAUAUGUUAGAAACGCAAAAGCCAGUAGUGGAGAAAAGCAAAACUGAUGAGCUUGAUGAAGUGAGAAAAAAAAUAAAUGCUGAUCUAUCAGAGGUAGAGAAACAGAAAAGCGCUCUUGUGCAAAUGAAUUUGAAGAUCUCACAAGAGGAAAGCUAUGUUAAAAAAGAGAAAGACCGUUUAAAACUACAAGAAAAUGAACAGAACAUGCAAAUGUCACAGCUUAAUGCAAAACAGAAUGAACUUGAUGAAAGACAGGCUGAAAUGGAAAAGCAAAAAAGAGAAUUAGAGAAUGUAAUGGACAGACUGGAAAAGGAAAAGGUUGAAAUAACAAAAGAAAAGCAAAGAGUGAAUGAGAUGCAAAAUGAAGUGAAGAGGAAAAAUGCAAGUGUAGAUUUGAUAAAACAAGAAGUUCUCAGAGAACAAGAUCAUAUUGAAAACAGCAGAGAAAUUCUGAACAGAGAGCUAGAGAAAAUUAAAGAAAAGAAAACCAUCUUAGCUGAAGAGUUUGAGGCUUUAGAUGAUAAGAAAGAAAUGAUUGGUAAAGAAAUGCAGAGAUUGGGUAAAAUGAAAGCUGAGCUUCAAAAAGAAGCUGAAGAUACUGAAAAACAAAGGCGAGACAUAGAUAACGAUAGACGGAAUAAUGAAGAAAUGGUGAUCAAACUUCAAAAUGAAAAGAAAGAUAUAGAGACAUCAACUGACAGGAUCAGAGAUGAGGAAGCAAAUCUAAGAGUACAAAAACAAAGGCUUGAAUCUGAUAGAGACACUCUUGAAAAAGAAAGGUUUGACCUGGAGAAAACUAAGACAGAGAUGAAAGAUCUUGAAAAACAGCUUGAAUCUCAGUCUAGACAACAUGAAAUACAACUGGUGGAGAUACAGAAAGAGAGGGAGAUUCUUGAGCAGUUGAAAAUAAACUUAUCAAAACAGAAAGAAGAUCUAGAAAAAGAGAGAGAUUGUUUUGAGAAGGAAAAAGCAGACAUCAGUUUAAGAGAAGAACUGGAAGAGCAGAGUGAAAAGGAAGGAAUUGAUAAGACCAGGGUAAGAAUAAAGCAAGAAAUGGAUGAACUGGAACAAACCAGACUUAAUGUGGUUAAAGAACUGGAGAACAAUGAACUUCAGAAACAAAUCAUUGAGGAUGAGAGAGAUAAGAUUGAGCAAAUAAAAGCUGAGCUACAAAAAGAAGCUAAAGACACUGAAAAACAAAGACAAGAUAUAGAAAAUGAUAGACGGAAUAAUGAAGAAAUGGUGAUCAAACUUCAAAAUGAAAAGAAAGAUAUAGAGACAUCAACUGACAGGAUCAGAGAUGAGGAAGCAAAUUUAAGAGUACUAAAACAAAGGCUUGAAUCUGAUAGAGACACUCUUGAAAAAGAAAGGUUUGACCUGAAGAAAACUAACACAGAGAUGAAAGAUCUUGAAAAACAGCUUGAAUCUCAGAAUAGACAACAUGAAAUACAACUGGCGGAGAUACAGAAAGAGAGGGAGAUUCUUGAGCAGUUAAAAUUGACCUUAUCAAAACAGAAAGAAGAUCUAGAAAAAGAGAGAGAUUGUUUUGAGAAGGAAAAAGCAGACAUUAGUUUAAGAGAAGAACUGCAAGAGCAGAGUGAAAGGGAAGGAAUUGGUAAGACCAGGGUAAGAAUAAAGAAAGAAAUGGAUGAACUGAAACAAACCAGACUUAAUGUGGUUAAAGAACUGGAGAACAAUGAACUUCAGAAACAAAUCAUUGAGGAUGAGAGAGACAAGAUUGAGCAAAUAAAAGCUGAGCUACAAAAAGAAGCUGAAGAUACUGAAAAACAAAGGCGAGACAUAGAAAAAGACAGACGGAAUAAUGAAGAAAUGGUGAUCAAACUUCAAAAUGAAAAGAAAGAUAUAGAGACAUCAACUGACAGGAUCAGAGAUGAGGAAGCAAAUUUAGAAGUACAAAAACAAAGGCUUGAAUCUGAUAGAGACACUCUUGAAAAAGAAAGGUUUGACCUGGAGAAAACAAAGACAGAGAUGGGAAAUCUUAAAAAACAACUUGAAUCUCAGAUUAGACAACAUGAAAUACAACUGGUGGAGAUACAGAAAGAGAGGGAGAUUCUUGAGCAGUUGAAAAUAAACUUAUCAAAACAGAAAGAAGAUCUAGAAAAAGAGAGAGAUUGUUUUGAGAAGGAAAAAGCAGACAUCAGUUUGAGUGAAGAUCUGAAAGAGCAGAGUGAAAGGGAAGGAAUUGACAACACCAGGACAAGGAUAAAGCAAGAAAUGGAUGAACUGGAAAAAACAAGGCAAAAUUUGGCUAAAGAGCAGGAGAACAACGAACUUCAGAAGAAAAUCAUUGAGGAUGAGAGAGAUAAGAUCGAGCAAAUAAAAGCUGAGCUAAAAAAAGAAGCAGAAAAGACAAAACUAGAAUUACAAAAUGAAAGACAGAACCUUGAAGAAGCAGGCACAAAACUUAAGAAAGACAGGGAAAAUGUGGAGAGUCUUGCUGAGGAACUUGGGAGGAAACAAGUGGUUCUAGAAAACAUGCAGAUAGAAACAGAAAUGCAAAGGAAGGCAAAUGAGUCUAAUAAACAGAUGCAGGAAAGAGUUCUGAUUGAGCUGAAGAAAACGGUGACAGAUAUAGCAGGAGCCAAGGAGGAUCUGGAAAACCAGCUUCUUGAAGAAAGAGAGAAAAACAAGGUCAAACAGGCAGAAAUACAGGCAGAAAAAGACAUGCUUUAUCUGCUAAAACAGGGUAUUUCAGAGCAACAGGUUGACAUAGUGAAUAAGACCGAACAACUGAGACUGAGAGAGGUUGAACUUGAGCAACUCCAAGCUUUGAUUUACAGACAGCAAGAUGAAAUAGAAGCCAAUAGAAAGGCGAUUAUAAAUGAAAAAUACAGACUUGAAGGACAGAAAACUGAAAUAGACCGACUGCAGAGAGAAGUCAAUCAAAUGAUGGAGUAUGCUUCUAAAGACAGGGCAAAUCUCGAGAAAGAGAAGUCUGAAAUGAUAGCUCAAAAACAUCAGAUGGAUAUUGAACUGAAUAAGGAAAGGGGAUUAAUUGAAGAACGAACCCAAAUGCUGAACACAUACGAGAAAGAAAUGGACCAAAAGAGAACAGCUUUGGAGGUAGAAAUGAAAGAGCUUAAAUAUCACAAACAAGCAAUUCAAGAAGAGAAGAACAAGUUACAACAGAUGAAAAUUGAGCUGCAAAGAGAAGCUGAUGAUAUCAAAAAGCUAAAAGAAAAGACAAGAAAUGAAAGACAGAGUUUGGAAAAGAUGGCAGAAAAUCUUGAAAAAGAGAAAGACGAUCUUGCUCAUCUUGCUGAAGAUACAAAGAGAAAGGAUGAUGAAAUGAAAGUGUUACAUGAGUCUGCAUUAGCAGAUAUACAAAAAGAGAAAUGCAAUCUUGAGCAAAUGAGAGAAAGCAUGUUCAAACAAAAUGAAAUGAUUGACAGUGAGAAAAAGAAAAUGAUACUCAGAGAAGAUAAACUUCAGCAAAUGCAAGCAGAGAUUAACAGACAACAAACUGAAAUGGACACCAAAAAGAGCAUCAUUGAAAAUGAAAGAGCAGCAAUGACCAAGAAAAACCAGGACUUGAUGACUGAGCUGACAAAGCAGUCUGAAGAUGUUGAGAUCCAGAUGAAAGAGGUAUUGACUGAAAAGGAAUUACUGGAGAGUGACAGAAAACUACUGAAGAAAGAUGUGGAAAAUCUGCAACAGAAACUAUUGAUUAUAGAAAGUGAUUCAGAGAGUCUAAAACAAGAUAGAGAAUUGUUGGAGAAUGAGAAGGAAGUGUUGAAACAGAUGAAAACUGACCUGCAAGGAGAAGCAGAAGAGAUUGAGAAGAUCAAACUAGAGACACAACAUGAAAGACAGAGAGUGGAGGAAAUGACUGCUCAAAUCCAGAAAGAUAGAGAAUAUCUACAGAAGAUGAAUGACAACAUCACAAGAGAAAUACAUGACAUUAAAUAUCAAGAAAAACAAAUGAAACAAAAACAAGAUGAACUUGAUCAACUGAAAACUGAAAUUCAGAAUCUGCAACAAGAACUAGAAAAAGAAAAAGAGAUUAUCAUGAAGGACAGAAGUGAGCUUGAUCUGAAACAAUCUGAGCUAGACAAACAACAGACAAACAUGAAUGACAUUAUUGAAACAAUGAAGAAUGAGAGAAAACAAUUAGAUAAAGAUAAAGAAGAGAUGGAAGAACAGAAACGGGAAAUAGAGAAAGAAAAACAUGACUUCGACCAAGGCAGGAACAGUCUGGAUGAAGACCUGAAGAUGAUGAAGCUGCAGAAACAAGUGUUUGAAGAAGAAAAGAACAAGUUAGAACAGAUGAAGAUUGAGCUGGAAAGAGAAGCUGGUGAAAUCAGAAAGAUAAAAGAAGAGAUUCAAAAUGAAAGACAGAGUUUGGAGAAGAUGACUGAAGAACUUAAAAGAGAGAAGGAAAGUUUUACUCAUCUUGCUGAAGAUACAAAGAAAGAGCAGGAGAUUCUGGAUGAAAUAAAAGUUGCAAACGAGUCUUUAAUGGCAGAACUGCAAAAAGAAAAGAGCAAUUUUGAGGAAAUGAGAGAGAACAUCUCUAAACAAACAGAAGAUGUUAAAAACAAGAAAGAGAACUUGAGACUCAGAGAAGAUGAACUCGGGCAACUUCAAGCAGAGAUUCAUAAACAACAAAGAGAAAUAGAAAAGGAAAAGAGCAACAUUGAAAGUGAGAGAGCUGCAAUAAUCAAGAUUGUUGAAGAUCUGCAACAUAAAAUAAUAAGUUUAGACAGAGAUGCAGAGAGUCUAAAACUUGACAGAGAAGCAUUUGAGAAUGAGAGAGAAGUGUUGAAACAGAUGAAAACUGAGCUGGAAAGAGAGACAGAUGAGAUUGAGAAGAUCAAACUAGAGACACAACAUGACAGACAGAGAGUGGAGGAAAUGACUGCUCAAAUCACCAAAGAAAGAGACAAAAUCAACAAUCUCAUUGAGGAGACAAACAGAAAAGACAUGGUCUUGAAUGAAAAGAACAGAGAUAUUGAAGAGAAAAUCAAAUCUAUUCAAUCUGAUAAAGACAUGCUUGAGAAGGAAAAACAUAAUCUGGAGAAAACAAGAAGUGAACUUUAUAAAGUUAAGGAAGAUCUUGAAAAACAAAAAGAAAACACACUGGCAGAGAUACAGAAAGAGAGAGAAGAUCUAGAGAAGAUGAAUGAGAACAUCACAAUAGAAAUGCAUGAAAUCAAACAUCAAGAAGAACAAAUGAAACAAAAACAAGAUGAACUUGAUCAACUGAAAACUGAAAUUCAGAAUCUGCAACAAGAACUAGAAAAAGAAAAAGAGAUUAUCAUGAAGGACAGAAGUGAGCUUGAUCUGAGACAAUCUGAGCUGGACAAACAACAGACAAACAUGAAUGACAUUAUUGAAACAAUGAAGAAUGAGAGAAAACUAUUAGAUAAGGAUAAAGAAGAGAUGGAAGAACAGAAACAGGAAAUGGAGAAAGAAAGAGAUAAUAUGGACCAAAGCAUAAAGAGUCUGGAUGAAGACCUGAAGAUGAUGAAGCUGCAGAAACAAGUGAUUGAAGAAGAGAAGAACAAGUUAGAACAGAUGAAGUUUGAGCUCCAAAGAGAAGCUGAUGAAAUCAGAAAGAUAAAAGAAGAGACUCAAAAUGAAAGACAGAGUUUGGAGAAAAUGACUAAAGCACUUAUAAAAGAGAGAGAAGAUCUUGUUCAUCUUGCUGAAUAUACCAAGAGAGAGAAGGAGAUGCUGGAUGAAAUGCAAGUUGCAAACAAGUCUUCAAUGGCAGAUUUGCAAAGAGAAAAGCGCAUUCUUGAAGAAAUGAGAGAGAACAUCUCUAAACAAACAGAAGAUAUUGAAAAUGAGAAAGAGAAAUCAAAACUCAGAGAAGAUGAGCUUAAGAAACUUCAAACAGAGGUUCAGAAACAACAAAGUGAGAUUGACAUGGAAAAGACCAACAUUGAAAGUGAAAGAGCUGUGAUGAUCAGGGAAAAACAGAACAUGAUGACAGAGUUGAAAAAGAAGUCUGAAGAUGUUGAGAUCCAGAUGAAGGAGAUAUUGACUGAAAAGGAAUUACUUGAAAAUGACAGUAAUCUGCUGAAGAAAGAUAUGGAAGAUCUGAAACAAAAGCUAAUGAGUAUAGAAAGAGAUUCAGAGAGUCUAAAACUUGACAGAGAAGCAUUUGGAAAUGAAAAGGAAGUGUUGAAACAGAUGAAAACUGACCUGCAAAUACAAGCAGAUGAGAUUGAGAAGAUCAAACUAGAGACACAACAUGAUAGACAGAGAGUGGAGGAAAAGACUGCUCAAAUCCAGAAAGAUAGAGACGAAAUCAACAAUCUCAUUGUAGAGACAAACAGAAAAGACAUGGUCUUGAAUGAAAUGGACAGAGAUAUUGAAGAGAAAAUCAAAUCUAUUCAAUCUGAUAAAGACAUGCUUGAGAAGGAAAGACAUAAUCUGGAGAAAACAAGAAGUGAACUUGCAAGAGCCAAAGAAAAUCUUGAAACACAAAGAGAAAUAGAAAGAAAAGACAUAGAGAAGAUGAAAAAGAACAUCUCAAGAGAAAUGCAUGAGAUCAAACAUCAAGAGGAACAAAUGAAACAAAAACAAGAUGAACUUGAUCAACUGAAAACUGAAAUUCAGAAUCUGCAACAAGAACUAGAAAAAGAAAAAGAGAUUAUCAUGAAGGCCAGAAGUCAGCUUGAUCUGAGACAAUCUGAACUAGAUAAACAACAGACAAACAUGAAUGACAUUAUGGAAACAAUGAAGAAUGAGAGAAAACAAUUAGAUAAGGAUAAAGAAGAGACGGAAGAACAGAAACAGGAAAUGGAGAAAGAAAAACAUGACUUCGACCAAAGCAGAAAGAGUCUGGAUGAAGACCUGAAGAUGAUGAAGCUGCAGAAACAAGUGAUUGAAGAAGAGAAGAGCAAGUUAAAACAGAUGAAGAUUGAGCUGGAAAGAGAAGCUGAUGAAAUCAGAAAGGUAAAAGAAGAGACUCAAAAUGAAAGACAGAUUUUUGAAAAGAUGACUGAAGCACUUAAAAAAGAGAGAGAAGACCUUUCUGAAGAUGCAAAGAGAAAGAAUCAAGUCUUGGAUGAAAUGAAAGUUGCAAAUGAGUCUACACUGGCAGAUAUAUUAAGAGAAAGGAGCAAUCUUCAGGAAAUGAGAGAGAACAUCUCUAAACAAACAGAAGAUGUUGAAAACAAGAAAGAGAAAAUAAGACUUAGAGAAGAAAAACUAAAGCAACUUCAAGCAGAGAUUCAUAAACAACAAAGUGAAACAGAAAAGGAAAAGAGCAACAUUGAAAGAGAGAGAGCUGCAAUAAUCAAGGAUGUUGAAGAUCUGCAAAGUAAAAUAAUUAGUUUAGACAGAGAUGCAGAGAGUCUAAAACUUGACAGAGAAGCAUUUGAGAAUGAGAAGGAAGAAUUGAAACAGAUGAAAACUGAGCUGGAAAGAGAAGCAGAUGAGAUUGAGAAGAUCAAACUAGAGACACAACAUGAAAGACAGAGAGUGGAGGAAAUGACUGCUGAUUUUAUGGAAACAAUGAACAAUGAGAGAAAACAACUAAAUAAAAAUAAAGAAGAGAUGCAAGAACAGAAACAGGAAAUGGAGAAAGAAAGACAUGACAUGGACCAAAGCAGAAAAAGUCUGGAUAAAAACCUAAAGAUGAUGAAGUUGCAGAAACAAGUGAUUGAAGAAGAGAAGAACAAGUUAGAACAGAUGAAGAUUGAGCUGGAAAAAGAAGCUGAUGAAAUCAGAAAGAUAAAAGAAGAGACUCAAAAUGAAAGACAGAGAUUGGAGAAGAUGACUGAAGAACUUAAAAAAGAGAAAGAAAGUUUUACUCAUCUUGCUGAAGAUACGAAGACAGAGAAGAAGAUCCUGGAUAAAAUGAAAGUUGCAAACGAGUCUUUAAUGGCAGAUCUGCAAAAAGAAAAGAGCAAUCUUGAGGAAAUGAGAGAAAACAUCUCUAAACAAACAGAAGAUAGUGAAAAAGAGAAAGAGAAAAUAAGACUCAGAGAAGAUGAACUUGAGCAACUUCAAGCAGAGAUUCAUAAACAACAAGGUGAAAUAAAAAUGGAAAAGAGCAACAAUGAAAGUGAGAGAGCAGCAAUAAUCAAGGAUGUUAAAGACCUGCAACAUAAAAUGUUCAGUUUAGACAGAGAUUUAGAGAGUCUAAAACUUGACAGAGAAGCAUUUGAGAAUGAGAGAGAAGUGUUGAAACAGAUAAAAACUGACCUGAAAAGAAAAGCAGAGGAGAUUGAGAAGAUCAAACUAGAGACACAACAUGAUAGACAGAGAGUGGAGGAAAUGACUGCUCAAAUCCAGAAAGAAAGAGACAAAAUCAACAAUCUCAUUGAAGAGACAAACAGAAAAGACAUGGUCUUGAAUGAAAUAAAAACAGAAAUUAAAGAGAAAAUCAAAGCUAUUGAAUCUGAUAGAGACAUGCUUGAGAAAGAAAAACAUGAUUUGGAGAAAACAAGAAGUAAACUUCUAAGAGCCAAAGAAAAUCUUGAAAAACAAAGGAAAAUCAAACUGGCAGAGAUACAGAAAGAGAGAGAAGAUCUAGAGAAGAUGAAUGAGAAAUUCACAAUAGAAAUACAUGAUAUCAAACACCAAGAAGAACAAAUGAAACAAAAACAAGAUGAACUUGAUCAACUGAAAACUGAAAUUCAGAAUCUGCAACAAGAACUAGAAAAAGAAAAAGAGAUUAUCAUGAAGGACCGAAGUCAGCUUGAUCUGAGACAAUCUGAACUAGACAAACAACAGACAAAUGUGAAUGACAUUAUGGAAACAAUGAAGAAUGAGAGAAAACAAUUAGAUAAAGAUAAAGAAGAGACAGAAGAACAGAAACAGGAAAUGGAGAAAGAAAAACAUGACUUUGACCAAAGCAGAAAGAGUCUGGAUGAAGACCUAAAGAUGAUGAAGCUGCAGAAACAAGUGCUUGAAGACGAGAAGAGCAAGUUAGAACAGAUGAAGAUUGAGCUGGAAAGAGAAGCUGUUGAAAUCAGAAAGAUAAAAGAAGAGAUUCAAAAUGAAAGACAGAAUUUGGAAAAGAUGACUGAAGCACUUAAAGAAGAGAGAGAAGAUCUUGCUGAAGAAACAAAGAAAAAUAAUCAAGUCUUGGAUGAAAUGAAAGUUGCAAACGAGUCUACACUGGCAGAUAUAUUAAGAGAAAAGAGCAAUCUUGAGGAAAUGAGAGAGAACAUCUCUAAACAAACAGAAGAUGUUGAAAACAAGAAAGAGAACUUGAGACUCAGAGAAGAUGAGCUCAGGCAACUUCAAGCAGAGAUUCAUAAACAACAAAGAGAAAUAGAAAAGGAAAAGAUCAACAUUGAAAGUGAGAGAGCUGCAAUAAUCAAGGAUGUUGAAGAUCUGCAACAUAAAAUAAUUUGUUUAGACAGAGAUGCAGAGAGUCUAAAACUUGACAGAGAAGCAUUUGAGAAUGAGAAAGAAGUGUUGAAACAGAUGAAAACUGAGCUGGAAAGAGAAGCAGAUGAGAUUGAGAAGAUCAAACUAGAGACACAACAUGAUAGACAGAGAGUGGAGGAAAUGGCUGCUCAAAUCCAGAAAGAUAGAGACGAAAUCAACAAUCUCAUUGAGGAGACAAACAGAAAAGACAUGGUCUUGAAUGAAAAGAACAGAGAUAUUGAAGAGAAAAUCAAAUCUAUUCAAUCUGAUAAAGACAUGCUUGAGAAGGAAAAACAUGAUCUGGAGAAAACAAGAAGUGAACUUUAUAAAGUUAAGGAAGAUCUUGAAAAACAAAAAGAAAACACACUGGCAGAGAUACAGAAAGAGAGAGAAGAUCUAGAGAAGAUGAAUGAGAACAUCACAAGAGAAAUGCACGAAAUCAAACAUCAAGAAGAACAAAUGAAUCAAAAACAAGAUGAACUUGAUCAACUGAAAACUGAAAUUCAGAAUCUGCAACAAGAACUAGAAAAAGAAAAAGAGAUUAUCAUGAAGGACAGAAGUCAGCUUGAUCUGAGACAAUCUGAGCUAGACAAACAACAGACAAACAUGAAUGACAUUAUGGAAACAAUGAAGAAUGAGAGAAAACAAUUAGAUAAAGAUAAAGAAGAGAUGGAAGAACAGAAACAGGAAAUGGAAAAAGAAAGAGAUAAUAUGGACCAAAGCAGAAAAAGCCUGGAUGAAGACCAAAAAAAGAUGAAGCUGCAGAAACAAAUGUUUGAAGAAGAGAAGAACAAGUUAGAACAGAUGAAGAUUGAGCUGGAAAGAGAAGCUGAUGAAAUCAGCAAGAUAAAAGAAGAGACUCAAAAUAAAAGACAGAGGUUGGAGAAAAUGACUGAAGAACUAAUAAGAGAGAAAGAAAGUCUUGCUCAUCUUGCUGAAGAUACAAAGACAGAGAAGAAGAUCCUCGAUGAAAUGAAAGUUGCAAACGAGUCUUCAAUGGCAGAUUUACAAAGAGAAAAGAGCAUUCUUGAAGAAAUGAGAGAGAACAUCUCUAAACUGAAAGAAUAUAUUGAUAAUGAGAAAGAGAAAUCAAAACUCAGAGAAGAUGAGCUUAAGAAACUUCAAACAGAGGUUCAGAAACAACAAAGUAAGAUUGACAUGGAAAAGACCAACAUUGAAAGUGAAAGAGCUGCGAUGAUCAGGGAAAAACAGAACAUGAUGACAGAGUUGAAAAAGAAGUCUGAAGAUGUUGAGAUCCAGAUGAAGGAGAUAUUGACUGAAAAGGAAUUACUGCACAAUGACAGGAAACUUUUGACAAGAGAUGUAGAAAAUCUACAACAAAAGCUUAUUGAUUUAGAAAGAGAUUCAAAGAGGCUAAAACUUGACAGAGAAGCAUUUGAGAAUGAGAAGGAAGCAAUGAAGCAGAUGAAAACUGACCUGCAAAUACAAGCAGAUGAGAUUGAGAAGAUCAAACUAGAGACACAACAUGAUAGACAGAGAGUGGAGGAAAUGGCUGCUCAAAUCCAGAAAGAAAGAGACAAAAUCAACAAUCUCAUUGAGGAGACAAACAGAAAAGACAUGGUCUUGAAUGAAAAGAACAGAGAUAUUGAAGAGAAAAUCAAAUCUAUUCAAUCUGAUAAAGACAUGCUUGAGAAGGAAAGACAUAAUCUGGAGAAAACAAGAAGUGAACUUUAUAAAGUUAAGGAAGAUCUUGAAAAACAAAAAGAAAACACACUGGCAGAGAUACAGAAAGAGAGAGAAGAUGUAGAGAAGAUGAAUGAGAACAUCACAAGAGAAAUGCACGAAAUCAAACAUCAAGAAGAACAAAUGAAUCAAAAACAAGAUGAACUUGAUCAACUGAAAACUGAAAUUCAGAAUCUGCAACAAGAACUAGAAAAAGAAAAAGAGAUUAUCAUGAAGGACAGAAGUCAGUUUGAUCUGAGACAAUCUGAGCUAGACAAACAACAGACAAACAUGAAUGACAUUAUGGAAACAAUGAAGAAUGAGAGAAAACAAUUAGAUAAAGAUAAAGAAGAGAUGGAAGAACAGAAACAGGAAAUGGAAAAAGAAAAACAUGACUUUGACCAAAGCAGAAAGAGUCUGGAUAAAGACCUGAAGAUGAUGAAGCUGCAGAAACAAGUGUUUGAAGAAGAAAAGAACAAGUUAGAACAGAUGAAGAUUGAGCUGGAAAGAGAAGCUGAUGAAAUCAGAAAGAUAAAAGAAGAGACUCAAAAUGAAAGACAGAGUUUGGAGAAGAUGACUGAAGAACUUAAAAAAGAGAAAGAAAGUUUUACUCAUCUUGCUGAAGAUACAAAGAAAGAGCAGGAGAUUCUGGAUAAAGUAAAAGUUGCAAACGAGUCUUUAAUGGCAGAUCUGCAAAAAGAAAAGAGCAAUCUUGAGGAAAUGAGAGAAAACAUCUCUAAACAAACAGAAGAUGUUGAAAACAAGAAAGAGAACUUGAGACUCAGAGAAGAUGAACUCUGGCAACUUCAAGCAGAGAUUUAUAAACAACAAAGAGAAAUUGAAAAGGAAAAGAUCAACAUUGAAAGUGAGAGAGCAGCAAUAAUCAAGAAUGUUGAAGAUCUGCAACAUAAAAUAAUUAGUUUAGACAGAGAUUCAGAGAGUCUAAAACUUGACAGAGAAGCAUUUGAGAAUGAGAGAGAAGUGUUGAAACAGAUGAAAACUGAGCUGGAAAGAGAAGCAGAUGAGAUUGAGAAGAUCAAACUAGAGACACAACAUGAUAGACAGAGAGUGGAGGAAAUGACUGCUCAAAUCCAGAAAGACAGAGACAAAAUCAACAAUCUCAUUGAGGAGACAAACAGAAAAGACAUGGUCUUGAAUGAAAAGAACAGAGAUAUUGAAAAGAAAAUCAAAUCUAUUCAAUCUGAUAAAGACAUGCUUGAGAAGGAAAAACAUGAUCUGGAGAAAACAAGAAGUGAACUUUAUAAAGUUAAGGAAGAUCUUGAAAAACAAAAAGAAAACACACUGGCACAGAUACAGAAAGAGAGAGAAGAUCUAGAGAAGAUGAAUGAGAACAUCACAAGAGAAAUGCACGAAAUCAAACAUCAAGAAGAACAAAUGAAUCAAAAACAAGAUGAACUUGAUCAACUGAAAACUGAAAUUCAGAAUCUGCAACAAGAACUAGAAAAAGAAAAAGAGAUUAUCAUGAAGGCCAGAAGUCAGCUUGAUCGGAGACAAUCUGAGCUAGACAAACAACAGACAAACAUGAAUGACAUUAUGGAAACAAUGAAGAAUGAGAGAAAACAAUUAGAUAAAGAUAAAGAAGAGAUGGAAGAACAGAAACAGGAAAUGGAAAAAGAAAGAGAUAAUAUGGACCAAAGCAGAAAAAGCCUGGAUGAAGACCUGAAGAUGAUGAAGCUGCAGAAACAAGUAAUUGAAGAAGAAAAGAACAAGUUAGAACAGAUGAAGAUUGAGCUGGAAAGAGAAGCUGAUGAUAUCAGAAAGAUAAAAGAAGAGACUCAAAAUAAAAGACAGAUUUUGGAAAAGAUGGCAGAAGAACUUAAAAAAGAGAGAAAAGAUGUUGCUCAUCUUGCUGAAGAUACAAAGAGAGAGAAGAACAGUCUGGAUGAAAUGAAGGUUGCAAACGAGUCUUCAAUGGCAGAUUUGCAAAAAGAAAAGAGCAAUCUUGAGGAAAUGAAAGAGAACAUCUCUAAACAAACAGAAGAUAUUGAAAAAGAAAAAGAUAAAAUAAGACUACGAGAAGAUGAACUUGAGCAACUUCAAGCAGAGAUUCAUAAACAACAAAGUGAAACAGAAAUUGAAAAGAGCAACAUUGAAAGGGAGAGAGCAGCAAUAAUCAAGGAUGUUGAAGAUCUGCAAAGUAAAAUAAUUAGUUUAGACAGAGAUGCAGAGAGUCUAAAACUUGACAGAGAAGCAUUUGAGAAUGAGAAAGAAGAAUUGAAACAGAUGAAAACUGAGCUGGAAAGAGAAGCAGAUGAGAUUGAGAAGAUCAAACUAGAGACACAACAUGAAAGACAGAGAGUGGAGGAAAUGACUGCUGAUUUUAUGGAAACAAUGAACAAUGAGAGAAAACAACUAGAUAAAAAUAAAGUCAUGAUAGAAGAACAGAAACAGGAAAUGGAGAAAAAAAGAGAUGAUAUGGACCAAAGCAGAAAGAGUCUGGAUGAAGACCUGAAGAUGAUGAAGGCGCAAAAACAAGUGCUUGAGGAAGAGAAGAACAAGUUAGAACAGAUGAAGAUUGGGCUGGAAAGAGAAGCUGAUGAAAUCAGCAAGAUAAAAGAAGAGACUCAAAAUGAAAGACAGAAUUUGGAGAAGAUGGCUAAUGCACUUAAAGAAGAGAGAGAAUAUCUUGCUGAAGAAAUAAAGAGAAAAAAUCAAGUCCUGGAUAAAAUAAAAGUUGCAAAUGAGUCUACACUGGCAGAUCUGCAAAAAGAAAAGCGCAUUCUUGAGGAAAUGAGAGAGAACAUCUCUAAACAAAUAGAAGAUAUUGAAAAUGAGAAAGAGAAAUCAAAACUCAGAGAAGAUGAGCUUAAGAAACUUCAAACAGAGGUUCAGAAACAACAAAGUGAGAUUGACAUGGAAAAGACCAACAUUGAAAGUGAAAGAGCUGCAAUGAUCAGGGAAAAACAGAACAUGAUGACAGAGUUGAAAAAGAAGUCUGAAGAUGUUGAGAUGCAGAUGAAGGAGAUAUUGACUGAAAAGGAAUUGCUGCACAAUGACAGAAAUCUGCUGAAGAAAGAUGUGGAAGAUCUGCAACAAAAGCUAAUGAGUAUAGAAAGAGAUUCAGAGAGUCUAAAACUUGACAAAGAAGCAUUUGAGAAUGAGAAGGAAGCAAUGAAGCAGAUGAAAACUGACCUGCAAAUACAAGCAGAUGAGAUUGAGAAGAUCAAACUAGAGACACACCAUGAAAGACAGAGAGUGGAGGAAAAGACUGCUCAAAUCCAGAAAGAACGAGAAGAAAUCAACACUCUUGUUGAGGAAAUUAAAAAGAAAAGAGAUAUUAUAGAUGAAAGCUACACUGAAAUACGAAAAGAAAAAGAAGCAAUAGAGAGUGACAGGUCUGACUUGGAGAAAGCCAAAUCUCAGACUUUUAAACAAAAUAAAAACAUUGAAAUUGCACUUGCCGAGAUACAACAAAAGAGGAACGCCCUUGAGAAAAUGAGUAAGGAGAUAUCAAGAGACAGAAUGAAACUUGAAGAUGAAAAGAAAGAGAUACAAUUAGCAAGGGAAGAACUUGAAAGAAUGCACGGAGACAUGCAAAGACAACAAGAAGCCAAGGAUCACCUUUUGUCUGGCAUCACAGACGAGAGUCUGCUUAAGAAGUCAGAGGCUGAAAUUGUUCUUCAACCAAGUCAGGUGGAUAAAGCCAAGCCUGCAAGAAAAACAGAGAUAUCAGAUUCAGAUAAACAGCCUGUGUUUGUGCAGCAGAUGCCGGAAAUGGACUUAAAAGAUGCACUGAAAAAAGAUUUUGAGAGCGAAAAGUUAGACUUACCUAAAGUCAAAGAUGUUUUACCUCAAGACCAGCAGAUGAAGUUAGAGCAGAAACUAAUUGAAGAUGAAAUGGACAAGCUUAAACAAAUGCGAGCUGAACUACAAAAAGAAGCUGAUCAGAUUGAAAAGAAAAAACAGGACAUGCAGAAUGAAAGACAGAAGCUGGACGACAUGGCAGCUCGACUUCAGGAAGAGAGAAGAACAAAUGAACGUCUUAAUGAGGAGAUAAAUAUUCAGAAAGUUAAUCAACAAAAGCAAGCAACUGCAUUUCAAAUGGAAAAGACUGAUUUUGAAAGAAUCAAAACAGAAAUUGAUCAAGCCAACAAAGAACUUGCAGAUCAGCAGGAAAAGAAUAAAAAGACAAUAACAGAGAUGCAGAAAGAGAGGGAGACUCUUGAAGAAAUGAGAGCAAACAUCUCAAAGCAAGUUGAGACCAUUACAAACGAAAACAAAAGUCUUUCUAGCAGAGAAAGCGAACUUGCAAAGCUGCAGGAAGACAUUUUACAACAACAACAAGAAAUGGAUGAACUAAAAAAUACCAUCAUGAUGGAAAUGUGUCAGCUAGACCAGAGACAAUCUGACAUUGAUCUAUUACAAAAAGAGGUUGAUGAUCUAAUGGAUUUCACAAAGACUGAAAUGGCCAAUGUAGAAAGAGAAAGAUUGGAGGUUUUGGCACAGACAAGAAAUAUAAAGAGUGAUAUGGUUAGUCUAAAGAUGGAGAAGGAGGCCUGUGAACAACUCAGGCUAAAAUUGAAUGAGGAGAAAGAUUUGAUUGAAAAAGAAAGAGAGCUGCUGACCAAAAACCUGGAUCACACAGAUAAAGACAAAAUGGAUAUGAAGAGAGAAUUGGAGAAUCUAAAAGUAGAGAAAGAAACCAUUAAAAAUGAGAAGAAGGAACUAGAGAAGAUGAAAAUUAGCCUUCAAAGAAAAGCUAUAGGUUUCAAAGAAUUUUCGGAGAAAACAAAGGAUGAAAGACCAAUAGUGGAAGAGAUGGCAGCACAAUUUACAAGACAAUUAGACAUUAGCGAACGUCCUGCUGAAGGCAAAUUUAUAGAAGAGCGUUUAGAUCAGACAGAAAAGAAAAGAAGGAAAACUUAUUAUACCGAAGACUUGUUUCAAGAAGAAAAAACUGAUCUGCAGAAAACCAAAGAAGAGAUAAACUAUGAUAGGGAAGAAAUAUACAGACAAAGAACUGAGUUAAAUAAAGAGAAAGAAACUCUCAAGCAGAUGCAUACAAGUAACUUGAAGGAAAUAGAGAAUAUAGAAAAGGAGAAGGAGAAGAUUCAACGCACAUGGAAUGAACUAGAUCAAAUAAGAGCAGAACUUCAAAAUAAACAAAGAGACAUGGAUGACACAACAAAUAUCAUGAUGAAAGAAAAGGCUGAGUUGGCUAGAGACUUAGAAAACCUCCAAAAUGAGAAAGAUGAGCUACAAAAGAGUAGAGAGAACAUUCAAAAGUUGAUGAAAGAACUUCAGGAGGAAAGACUGAAGACAUCAGAAGCAUUAAAUAAAGAGAGACAACAAUUUACUGAGGAGAUCAAAUUGAAAAAUGACAGCCUUGAUGAAAUACAAGCUGAGAUAGACAGACAAAAGCGAGCUCUUGUUACGGACAAAGAGAUAAUUACCAAACAAAUGAUGGAUCUGCAGAAAACCCAAGAUGUCAGAAGACAAUCGGAUGAGAGUGACAUUGCAAGAGCAAACCUGCAGAGAGAAAGAGAGAGUCUUGAUCAGUUAAGUGUGGAGAUCCUUAAGCAAAAACAAGAUCUAGAGAGAGAAAGGGAUGAAUUGUUGGAGCAGUGGCGGCUGGUGGAGACACAAAAGAUGGACAAUGAAAAUGUGAAACAACUAAAGACAGAGCUAUUGGAUGAGAAGGAAUCGACUGAGAAAAUCAGAAAGCAGCUGGAACAAGACAAAGCUUAUAUGGAAGAAAAUAAAUUAAAUCUCCAUAAAGAAUUAGAGGAAUUAAAUCUCCAAAAACAGGGCAUUCAAGAUGAAAGAGCUCAACUAGAGCGAAUGAAAGGUGAGCUCCAAAUGAAAGCAGAUGAUAUAGAAAGGAAAAUGCAAGAAAUACUUUAUGAAAAACAGAAAUAUGCAGAGAGAAAGUCUGAAAAUUACAAGAUACAAACAUACCUAGAUGAAGCAAAUGCUGAGGUACAAAAACUAAAUAAAGAGCUGGAAAGAUAUGAUGAAAAUUUAGAAAAAUGUAAGCUUGAACUAGACAAAGCAAGAGCCGAAACAGAGCGAGUAAAACAAGGUGCUAAAAUACCGGAGACACAACAGAUAGAGCAAAGUUUGCAAAAAGAAAGAGACUACAUUGAGGAUAUCAGAAGGAACCUGUUUAAAAAGGAAGAGGCCAUUGAAAAGGACAAGGCCGAAAUAAGGUUGAGGCACCAAGAACUAGAUCUCAUCCAAGCAAAAGUUGUCAAACAGAAAGAAGAGAUGGUUAAACAGAAGAUUGAAUCAGAGCGAGAAAUCCAACAAGAGAAAAAGAAACUACAGAGGUCAGAAGAGGAAUUAGAAGACAAGAUGCAGAAGAUUAAACGUGAAAUGAUUGAACUUAAGCUUCUUCAGGAUGAAACUGAUGGCAAAAGAAAAGAUGUUGACAACAAGAUGAGACAGGUAGCAAGAAAAAGAGAUGAGCUGGAGAAAAUGAAGGCUGAUGUUGAAAGUGCAAGUAAAAAACUUGAAGUGGACAGGGUCAUGUUAAAUACAGAACGUGAUGAGUUGGAGCGGAUUAAAACUGAGUCACAAAGAGCAACAGAGCACAUGCAAUCUCAUGCUGAAGAAAGAGCAGGAGAUCUUGGAGAGAAAGAACCGGUGAACACCAGGAUUCAGAGGCUUAUUCAAGAGGCUGAAAAGGCUAGCAAAAUGGCUUGGAGUACAAAACAUGAACCAGAAAUGAGAAUGCAGAGAGAGGUUAGUGUUGAAGAGGAGUCAGUGGAAAGGCAAGAUAUGAGUGCUAACAUGCAGAGAAUGAUCCUGGAAAUUGAGCAUGCCAGAGAAACUCUUAGAGGGAUGAAGGAUGAAGUCCAGGCAGCCAGAAAAGAAAGGUCUGAACUGGAGAACAUGAAGCUUGAAUUCUUAACCAUGAAAAAGAACAUGGAAAAAACUUAUGAGCAGCAGAAUGAUGAGAUACAAAAAGAGAAACAGCAAAUAGAGAGUAGCAAAAUGUUGCUAAGUAGAGAGAGAAAUGAUCUUGAGCAGAACAGGGCUGAUUUGGAGAGACAAAAACAAAUAAUGGCAUUGGACAAACAAAAACUCCUUGCUGAAAAUGAAUUACUGGAGAGAGAAAAGGCUGACGUAAUAAAAAUAAUUGAGAAUCUUGAAAGCCUUCGAGAAGAGGCAACUAGAGAAAGAGCGACAGAAACAGCUCAAGCAACAAGGAGAGAUUCUGAGGAAUUAAUGCAGAAAAUGGAAGCACUGAGCAUGGAAGACUUCCAAGAAGCAAGUAAGAAUCAGAUGGUCGAACUAAAGAGACAGAUAGACAAACUGAUAGAGUUGAAGGCUGAUCUGCUACAACAGCAGACAGAACUUAAGAAAACCAAAGCAGAUUUAAAACAACAGAUGGAUGAUCUUGAAAAAACAAGGUCUGAAAUAUUAAAACAUGAAAAGGACACAGACAGUAAAACAAGAGAAUUGGAGCUGAUAGAAAUCCAAAGACAGAAAGACGAUCUAGAAACAAGAAUUCAGAAAUUGACCCUUGAGAAGAGAGAUCUGGAGGUCCUGAGGUCUGAGAUUGUCCUAGAAAAGAAAGACCUGGAUCAGAAGAUGAAGCAAGUGAUAAGAAAGAGGGACGAGAUGGAGAAAAUCAGAUCUGAUAUAGCAAAUGCCACAGAGGAGAUCAACAGAGAAAGGCAGGAGCUGGAAAUACUCAGGAACAAUGUUCAAAGUGCAAGACAUGAUUUUGAACUUCUGCUGGAAAGAACUGCAAAUCUAGAAGAUGAGGAAAGUGCUGCAACUGACAUUGAAAGGUUAGUUUUAGAGGUUGUGAAAAUCAGGGAAAUGGUGAGAAAUCUAAAAGGUGAAAUGGAGAGAAGGAUGGAGAAAAGUAAGGUGGAGAUAGAUGAAAAAGAAAUAUUUAAGUCUGAGAUCCAGAGGUUCAUCCAGGAUAUUGGACAAAUAAGGGAAAAUCUAGGAGGCCUUGGAGAGGAGAUAGAAAAAACCAGGAGAGACAAGAGAGAAUUGGAGAAGAUGAGGGCAGAGCUUGCAGAGAAACAACAGGAGCAAGAGAGCAUGAGAGAAAUGCUCCAUAAAGAAAGAGAAGAACUGGAGCAGCUAAAGGAUGAGAUCAACCGAGAAAAGGAGGAUGUUGAAAUCAGGAGAGAGCUAGUUGAGGCAGUAAUAGAUAAAGAAGAAAUGAAAGAGUUUACAGACAUACAGAAAUACAAGGAAGAACUACAAAGUGUCACUGAAGAACUCCUGACAAAGAAGAGGGAUCUAGACCAGCUCAACUCAGAUGUACAGGACCUGAGGCAAACCAUAGAAGAAAUUAAUAUACAGCAUGGAAAGAAAAGGGCUGAACUGGAAGGCAUUGGUUUUGAGUUAAAGAAGGGAGAACAGUUACUGGAAAAACAGAAAGAUGAAUUAAAGGAGAAUGGCUGGAUUGUGGAAGAAAUAAAGAAUAAGAAAGAUUCACUUGAAAAGAUCAAUAUGGAAAUACUUAGGAAGAAUGAAGAUAUGGAUAAAGAAAAGGGAAAGUUAAGGCAAGAAAAGCAAGAGAUGGAUCUAUUCAGAAGUGAACUACAAAGACAAAGAGAAGAUCUAGAAACCAGUAUUCAGAAACUCACACAUGAGAAGAGAGAGAUGGAAGUUUUAAGGUCUGAGAUUGUCCUAGAAAAGAAAGACCUUGAUCAGAAGAUGAAGCAAGUGAUAAGAAAGAGGGACGAGAUGGAGAAAAUCAGAUUUGAUAUAGCAAAUGCCAGAGUAGAAAUCGAUGGAGAAAGGCAGGAGCUGGAAAUACUCAGGGAUAAUGUUCAAAGUGCAAGACAGGAUUUUGAACGUCUAGUGGAAAGAACUGCAAAUCUAGAGGUUGAGGAAAGUGCCGCAACUGACAUUGAAAGAUUAGUUUUAGAGGUUGUGAAAAUCAGGGAAAUGGUGAGAAAUCUAAAAGGUGAAAUGGAGAGAAGGAUGGAGGAAAGUAAGGUGGAGAUAGAUGAAAAAGAAAUAUUUAAGUCUGAGAUCCAGAGGCUCAUUCAAGAUAUUGGACAAAUAAGGGAAAAUCUAGGAGGCCUUAAAACUGAGAUAGAAAACACCAAGAGAGACAAGAGUAAUUUGGAGAAGAUGAAGGCAGAACUUGAAGAGAAACAACAGGAGGAGGAGAGCAUGAGGGAAAUCCUGCAGAAAGAAAAAGAAGAACUGGAGCAACUGAAGAAAGACAUCAACCGAGAAAAAGAGGAUAUUGAAAUCAGCAGGGAGCUAGUUGAGUCUGAAAUAUAUGAAGGAGAAGUUAAAGGCUUUACAGAUGUACAGAAAUACAAGGAAGAACUACAAAUAGUCACUGAAGAACUCCUGACAAAGAAGAGGAAUCUGGAGCAGCUCAACUCAGAUGUACAGCAUCUGAUGCAGACUUUGGAAGAAGUGGAUAUACAGUAUAUAAAGAAGAAGGCUGAACUUGAACAUAUCACUUCUGAGAUACAGAAGAGAGAGCAGAUCCUGGAAAAGCAGAAAAAGAAGUUGGAGGAGAAUGGUUGGAUUAUUGAAGAAAUAGAGAUGAUGAAAGUUACUCUUGAAAGUAUCAAUAUGGAAAUACUUCAGAAGAGAGAAGAUAUGGAAAAAGAAAAGGAGAAUUUAAGGAGAGAGAAACAAGAGACAGAGCUUUUCAGAGGUGAACUACAAAGACAGAGAGAUGAAGUUGAAUCUUCAAGACAAGCUUUGAUAAUGGAAAAGGAUCAGUUUAAGCUAAAAAUUGAUCACCAAAGGAAUGAAAUGAGCGCUGCCUUUGAAAAAGAACAUAAACGUUUAGAAAACAUGGAAAAUGAUCUAGAAAAUCAAAGGGCUAAACUUGCUGAAAGCCUUAAUGAUGCUGCAAAGAUGGAGCAGAAGCUACAACAGAUGAAGAAUGAACUAAACAAAGAAAAAGAGCAAGUAGAAGAAAUGAAGCAGAUGGUCAAAACAGAGAGGGUUAAGAUUGAACAAGAAAAAGAAGAAAUGAGAAAACAGACUCAAGAGAUUGAAGAUGGCCACGAGAAGCUUCAAAAGAAGACAGAGAUAGCAGAUAAACUCCUUCAGGAUGCAAACAGUGAGAGCGACCGAUUAAAAGACCUCAGCAUGAAACUUCAAAUGCAAAGACAGGAUAUUGAGAAAACCAACACAGAAAUGGAAACCAAGAAGAGAAGUCUCGAUAGAAUGAGCAGAGAACUUCAAGAUGACAAGAUACGACUGAAAAAUGACAGGGAUGCUUAUGAAAAGGACAUGACACAUUUGGAGCUUAAAAGGGAAGAGCUAGUAAGAGAAACAGAAGAUCUGGAAAGAAAAAUCUUACAGCAGAGAGAACAAGAUGAGAUGGCCAAACGAGAUAUUGAAAAUCAGACAGAAGCUCUAGAGGUAAUGAAGGUGGACAUUUUGAAGAAAAGGAAUGAAUUUGCAAAAGAGAUGGAAAAUGUACAUUCAGAAAGACAGAAAUUGCUUUUGCUUCAAGGUGCAUUGCAAAGUCAGGAAAGUGAACUUGAAAACAGAGUAUUCAUGGAAGAACAGAAACAUUUAAAACAGGCUAAAGCUGAAACUGAAGAGUGCAGAAAGCAAUUAGCGGAAAUGAGUGAAACAGUGACGACUGAACAAAAUGAAUACAGGAAGCUUAUUGAAGAACUACAAAGAGAAAAAGAACAACUUGAAAUCAGUAAAAAUCAGAUAGAACAAGAGAAGAAAGAUCUCCAAAACAUGAAAAGCAAUCUAGAAAGGCAAUUAGAAAGUCUGAGACAUGAAAAAGCAAAUGUGGAAGAUGAGAAAAACGCACUAGAAAAGAUGAGGUCAGAAUCCAAGGAGAUCCAAAAUGCUAUCAGGAAGGAGAGGGAGGAUCUAGAAAACUGCUGGGUGGAGAUUGAAGGAGAAAAGAAAAGAAUGGAAGAAGAAACCAGACGAUUAGAGAUGCAUAGGGAAGAGAUUAAGAAAGUGGACAGCGAGCUACAAAAAAGUAGAGAGAACAUUGAAAGUAGAGAAGAAAAGAUUAACAACAAAAUGGAAGAAUUGCUGCAAAUGAAGGUUGAAAUGGGGAGAACAAAAGAAGAAAUAGAAAAAGAAAGUCAAAGACUUCAAGAUGCUACUAUUGAUCUCGAAAAUGCUAAGGCUGAGAUACAGAGACAGGAGGACAAAUUUGAAGACAUAAUAGACAUUAAAAUACAGGAGAAAGAAAGAGAAAUAAAAAUCCAAUUAGAUAAAGAAACUAAACGCUUGUCUGAAGAGAUUGAAUUGAAAGUCAAAGACCUUGAAAUGGAAAUGGCAGACAUGAAGAGACAAAAGCAAGAAAUUGAGGAUACAAAAGGUUUGCUUGAAAAGGAAAAGCAAGAACUUAAACAAGAAAAGAAAGAACUGGAGGACCAAAUGAUGGACCUCACUCGUGAAAAACAAGAAACAGAGGAAGAGAGGAAUAACUUGAUGGCUUUAAAGAAUCAACUAGAAGAUUUAAGAAAAGAAAAUGAGAUUGUGAAGGAAAAACUUACUUUGGAAAAAUCAAACAUUGAGGAAAUGCAGCUCAAGAUUUUCAAGCAGCAGCGACUGAAUGAUCAGACCAGAGAGGAGAACAAGAAAGAAAAAGAAAGUCUAGAACAACAAAGGUUUGAAACUGAACAGCAGAAACAGAUGUUGGAGAUCAGCACCACAAAAAUGAUGGAGGAGAAGAACGAGAUGGCUGAUUUAUCAAGGGAACUUCAAAAAGCCAAAGAUGAACUGGAAAAAAUAGCAUACAAAACCAACAAAGAAAGACAUGAGGUUGAACAAAUGCAAGCUGAGUUACAUAGUCAAAUUCAGGCUAUUGAACAACAAGGACAAAUCAUGCAAGACAAACAGAAUCAUCUUGAAGAAAAGGAGCUGAGCAUACAGAGGAAGGAAGAGGAAAUAAAGAUUGGAAACACUGAGUUUCAAAUUGAACAGGAACAUUUGAACAAUGUUCUCGAGGAAACCAAUAAGAGACAACAUGACCUUGAAGUGAUGCGGGCUGAUAUAGAAUUGAACAAACAAAAAAAUAACAAGGACUUUGAGUUGCUUGAGAAGAUCCGCAGUGAAUUAGAAAAUGAAAAAUAUGAUCUGCAGAUCUGGACUGAACAACAAAAACAUUUGGUUGAAGUUCAAUUACAAGAGUUAGAGAAAGAGAAGGAAAGACUGGAAAAGAUGGAGAUAGAGCUCCAAAGUAAAAGAGAACAAACUGAGAAAGAAAAGGCUGAUCUAAACAGGGUUAAUGCUGAAAUACAGAGAGAGAAACAAGUUAUUGAUAAAAAGAGGCACAUGACUAACAGGGCAAUGGAAGAACUAGAAACAAUAAAAACUGAGCUGAAGGAACGACAAGAAAAGAUUCAAACUGAGCAAGAAAAGCUGGAAGAGGAGAAACUUCUGGUGCAGAUUGAAGCUGAAAAUCUGAAUAAAGUUUUAGAAGAGAUCAAAAGGCAGCAAGAAAAACUGGAAAUAAGCGAGGCUGAUCUUAAAGUUAUGAAGGAGCAGUGUGAAAAUGCUAGGGAAGAAACUGAAAGGAAGAAGUGUGAUAUAGAAGAACAGAUUCAAAAUAAUGAGAAUGCAAAACACCUUCUGGAACAAGAGAGAAAAGACAUUGACAAGCAAAAACAAGAGUUACAGAAACAAGCUGAUGAUCUGGACAUGCGAAUGAUUGCGCACAGAGAAAACGUAGAGAUGAGUAAAAGAUCACUCGAUGAAGAAAAGAAGCUUCUAGAGCAGAAGGCUAAUGAAAUCCUAAGACAGAGAGAUGACUUGGAGAAAGAAAAAGAGGACAUGAUGAAGAAAUGGAACAAGCUGGAUGUACUUCAGAAUGAAAUGCAAAAUGAAAACAAAGCAAUGGAAGAAAUCAAAUAUGAGUUAGAUGGCAAAAGGAACGAAAUUAAUAAAGAACAGCAAAGACUGGAGGAGAGUUUAAGAGCCAUUAAUGAAGAGAAGGGAGAUCUGGAGAUCAUGAGGGCUGACUAUGAAAAACAAGAGCAACAAAUAGAAGAGAUGAGAGUAGAAGCAAAGAUGGAGAGAAAAGAACUUGAUCAGAUAAAGAGUGAACUGGAAAAAGACAAAACUGAAAUCGAUUAUGAGUGGAAGAAAUUGAACAAUGACAGAAAUAUGAUUGAAAAGGAAAGAAAUGACUUGGAGAAGAUGAAGUCUGAAUUAAUGACACAAAGGCAGCAAAUGGAAGACGAGAGAUCAGAACUUGACCAGAAAAUAAAAGAAGCUAAUACAGAGAAAGAUAAGAUUGAAAAGAACAAAGAAAUAGUUGAAAGAUUAAUGGCUGAGGUGGAGGAACAGAGAAAUGAUUUUAAACUCAAGAAAGAAGAACUUGCUCUUGAAAGACAAAAUAUUGUAGAUGAAAAAUAUCUUCUGGCUCAAUGUGAGACUGAACUGCAAAACAAAAGUGAACAAAUCAGAAACAUGGAAGAAGCAGUAAAGAAUGAGAGAGAAACACUGAAAGAAACAGAAGCUCAUCUGCAAAGGGACAAAAAAGAAAUUAAAAGCAUCAUUGAAGAAACAAGCAGACAAAAAGAAGAUCUGGAGAAGAUUAGCACAGGCAUGAAUGUACAAAAACAAGAGUUGAAAAACAAAAAAGACACUCUGGAACAAGAAAGAGAAGAAAUAAAUCAUAAAUGGACACAGUUUCAACAAAGGAUUGAUGAAUUUGAUGCUCAAGUCAGAAAACAGAAGGAAGAAGAUUUAACAAACCAGAAGAAGAUGGAAGAAGAAAGAAAAUGUCUAGAAGAGGUCAACGGCAAAAUCAUCGAGAUGAAGACUAAAGCUGAGUUGGAGCAUCAUGAAAUAAACCAGAAAAUCGAAGAGCUUCAAACACUGCAGGAACAGAUUAUGAAAGAAAAAGAGAAAGCAGAAGCCAUGACUAUAAAACUAAAGAUGGAGAGAGAAGACCUUGAUCAGAUAAAGAGUGAACUGGUAAGAGAGAAAACUGAAGUAGAUCAUGAGCAGAAGAAACUCAAUGAUGACAUAAAGAUGAUUGAGCAGGAAAAAGAAGACCUGGAGAAGAUGAAGUCUGAAAUAAUGACACAAAAACAAGAAAUGGAAAAAGAGAGAUCAGAACUUGACAACAAGAUACAACAGACAGAUCUAGAAAAACAUGACAUUGAGAAAAGCAAAGAAAUAGUUGAAAAGUUAAUGUUUGAAGUGGAAGAACAGAGGCAUGAGAUUCAACUCCAGAAAGAAGAACUUGACAUUGAAAGACAAAAAAUUGCAGAUGAACAAGAUCUUCUCAUUCAAAAUAAGAGUGAACUGCAAAAUGAAAAUGAGCGAAUCAGAAACAUAAAUGAGGUAAUAAAGAAAGAGAGAGAAACACUGAAGGAAAUGGAAGCUCAUCUUGAAAAAGAGAAAGAAGAAAUGAAGAGCAUCACUGAAGAAACACGACGACAAAAAGAAGAUCUGGAAAAGAUGAGCACAGAUAUAAAAGAACAAAACCAAGACUUGAUGAAGCAAAGAGACCUUCUAGAACAAGAAAAAGAAGAUAUAAAUCAUGAAUGGACACAGUUACAACAAAGGAUUGAUGAAUUUGAUGCUCAAGUCAGCAAACAAAAGGAAGAGGAUUUAACGAAACAGAAGGAGAUGAAAGAAGAAAGAAAAAGUCUAGAAGAGACCAAAGCCAGAAUCAUCGAGAUGAAAACUAAAGCUGAGCUGGAAGACAUCAAGAAAGAAAAAGAGAAAGAAGAAGAAGAAGAAGAAAUGAGAGUAAAAGUAGAGAUGGAUGGAAAAGAACUUGAUCGGAUAAAGAGCGAACUUAAAAGAGAGAGAUCUGAAAUAGAUCAUGAGCAGAAGAAACUAAAUGAUGACAAGAAGAUAAUUGAGCAGGAAAAACAAAACCUGGAGAAGAUGAAGUCUGAAAUAAUGAAACAAAGACAGCAGAUGGAAGAAGAGAGAUCAGAGCUUGAAAACAAGAUAAAGCAGACAUAUAUAGAAAAAUGUGACAUUGAGAACAGCAAAGAAAUAGUUCAGAAAUUAAUGGUUGAAGUGGAAGAACAGAAGCAUGAGAUUCAAUUCCAGAAAGAAGAACUUGACAUUGAAAGACAAAAAAUUGCAGAUGAACAAGAUCUUCUCAUUCAAAAUAAGAGUGAACUGCAAAAUGAAAAUGAACGAAUCAGAAACUUAAAUGAGAUAAUAAAAAAAGAAAGAGAAACACUGAAGGAAAUGGAAGCUCAUCUAGAAAAGAAGAAAGAAGAAAUUAAGAGUGUCAGUGAAGAAACACGACGACUAAAAGAGGAUCUGGAAAAGAUGAGCACAGACGUAAAUAAACAAAACAAAGACCUGAUGAACCAAAGAGACCUUUUAGAACAAGAACGAGAAGAAAUAAAUCAUAAAUGGAAACAGUUACAACAGAGGAUUGAUGAAUUUGAUGCUCAGGUCAGCAAACAAAAGGAACAGGAUUUACCAAAAGAGAAGGGGAUGAAAGAAGAUAGAAAAAGUCUGGAAGAGACCAAAGCCAACGUCAUCGAGAUGAAGACUAAAGCUGAGCCAGAGGAGAUCAAGAAAGAAAAAGAAAAAGAGAAUGAAGAAGAAGAAGAAGAAGAAGAAGAAAUAAGAGUAAUAGUAGAGACGGAAAGAAAAGAACUUUAUCAGAUUAAGAGCGAACUUGAAAGAGUGAGAUCUGAAAUAGAUCAUGAGCAAAAAAAACUAAAUGAUUACAUGAAGAUGAUUGAGCAGGAAAAAGAAGACCUGGAGAAGAUGAAGUCUGAAAUAAUGAAACAAAGACAGCAGAUGGAAGAAGAGAGAUCAGAACUUGACAACAAGAUACAACAGACAAAUUUAGAAAAACAUGACAUUGAGAAAAGCAAAGAAAUAGUUGAAAAAUUAAUGGUUGAAGUGGAGGAACAGAGAAAAGACAUUCAACUCCAGAAAGAAGAACUUGACAUUGAAAGACAGAAAAUUGCAGAUGAACAAAAUCUUCUGGUUCAAAACAAGGCUAAACUGCAAAAUGAAAAUGAACGAAUCAAAAAAGUGGAUGAGGAAAUAAAGAAAGAGAGAGAAACACUGAGGGAAAUGGAAAUUCAUCUAAAAAAGGAGAAAGAAGAAUUAAGGAGCAUCAUUGAAGAAACACAAAGACGAAAAGAAGAUCUGGAAAAGAUGAGCACAGACAUAAAUGAACAAAAACUACAUCUAAAGAACCAAAGAGACCUUCUAGAACAAGAAAGAGAAGAAAUAAACCAUGAAAUGACACAGUUACAACAGAGGAUUGAUGAAUUUGAUGCUCAAGUCAGCAAACAAAGGGAAGAUUUAACAAAACAGGAGAUGGAAGAAGAAAGAAAAAGUCUAGAAGAGACCAAAGCCAGAAUCAUCGAGAUGAAGACUAAAGCUGAACUGCAAGAGAUCAUGCAAGAAAAAGAGGAAGAAGAUGAAGAAGAAAUGAGAGUAAUAGUAGAGAUGGAGAGAGAAGAACUUAAUCAGAUAAAGAGCGAACUUAAAAGAGUGAGAUCUGAAAUAGAUCAUGAGCAGAAGAAACUAAAUGAUGACAAGAAGAUAAUUGAGCAGGAAAAAGAAGACCUGGAGAAGAUGAAGUCUGAAAUAAUGACACAAAGACAGCAAAUGGAAGAAGAGAGAUCAGAACUUGACAACAAGAUAAAGCAGACAGAUCUAGAAAGACAUGACAUUGAGAACAGCAAAGAAAUAGUUCAGAAAUUAAUGGUUAAAGUGGAGGAACAGAGAAAAGACAUUCGGCUCCAGAAAGAAGAACUUGACAUUGAAAGACAGAAAAUUGCAGAUGAACAAGGUCUUGUGGUUCAAAACAAGGCUAAACUGCAAAAUGAAAAUGAACGAAUCAAAGAAAUGGAUGAGGAAAUAAAGAAAGAGAAAGAAACACUGAAGGAAAUGGAAGCUCAUCUACGGAAGGAGAAAGAAGAAAUGAGGAGCGUCAUUGAAGAAACACAAAGACGAAAAAAAGAGGAUCUGGAGAAGAUGAGCACAGACGUAAAUAAACAAAACCAAGACCUGAUGAACCAAAGAGACCUUCUAAAACAAGAACGAGAAGAAAUAAAUCAUAAAUGGACACAGUUACAACAGAGGAUUGAUGAAUUUGAUGCUCAAGUUAGCAAACAAAAGGAAGAAGAUUUAACGAAACAGAAGAAGAUGGAAGAAGAAAGAAAAAGUCUAGAAGAAACCAAAAUUAAAAUAAUCGAGAUGAAGACUAAAACUGAGCCGGAAAAGAUCAAGAAAGAAAAAGAGAAAGAAGAAGAAGAAGUAAUGAGAGCAAAAGUAGAGAUGAAGAAAGAAGAACUUGAUCAGAUUAAGAGCCAACUUGAAAGAGUGAGAUCUGAAAUAGAUCAUGAGCAGAAGAAACUAAAUGAUGACAAGAAGAUGAUUGAGCAGGAAAAAGAAGACCUGGAGAAGAUGAAGUCUGAAAUAAUGAAACAAAGACAGCAGAUGGAAGAAGAGAGAUCAGAACUUGACAACAAGAUAAAGCAGACAGAUCUAGAAAGACAUGACAUUGAGAACAGCAAAGAAAUAGUUCAGAAAUUAAUGGUUGAAGUGGAGGAACAGAGAAAAGACAUUCGGCUCCAGAAAGAAGAACUUGACAUUGAAAGACAGAAAAUUGCAGAUGAACAAGGUCUUGUGGUUCAAAACAAGGCUAAACUGCAAAAUGAAAAUGAACGAAUCAAAGAAAUGGAUGAGGAAAUAAAGAAAGAGAAAGAAACACUGAAGGAAAUGGAAGCUCAUCUACGGAAGGAGAAAGAAGAAAUGAGGAGCGUCAUUGAAGAAACACAAAGACGACAAAAAGAGGAUCUGGAGAAGAUGAGCACAGACGUAAAUAAACAAAACCAAGACCUGAUGAACCAAAGAGACCUUCUAAAACAAGAACGAGAAGAAAUAAAUCAUAAAUGGACACAGUUACAACAGAGGAUUGAUGAAUUUGAUGCUCAAGUUAGCAAACAAAAGGAAGAAGAUUUAACGAAACAGAAGAAGAUGGAAGAAGAAAGAAAAAGUCUAGAAGAAACCAAAAUUAAAAUAAUCGAGAUGAAGACUAAAACUGAGCCGGAAAAGAUCAAGAAAGAAAAAGAGAAAGAAGAAGAAGAAGUAAUGAGAGCAAAAGUAGAGAUGAAGAAAGAAGAACUUGAUCAGAUUAAGAGCCAACUUGAAAGAGUGAGAUCUGAAAUAGAUCAUGAGCAGAAGAAACUAAAUGAUGACAAGAAGAUGAUUGAGCAGGAAAAAGAAGACCUGGAGAAGAUGAAGUCUGAAAUAAUGAAACAAAGACAGCAGAUGGAAGAAGAGAGAUCAGAGCUUGAAAACAAGAUAAGGCAGACAUAUAUAGAAAAAUGUGACAUUGAGAACAGCAAAGAAAUAGUUCAGAAGUUAAUGGUUGAAGUGGAAGAACAGAAGCAUGAGAUUCAAUUCCAGAAAGAAGAACUUGACAUUGAAAGACAAAAAAUUGCAGAUGAACAAGAUCUUCUCAUUCAAAAUAAGAGUGAACUGCAAAAUGAAAAUGAGCGAAUCAAGAACAUAAAUGAGGUAAUAAAGAAAGAGAGAGAAACACUGAAGGAAAUGGAAGCUUAUCUUGAAAAAGAGAAAGAAGAAAUGAAGAGCAUCACUGAAGAAACACGACGACAAAAAGAAGAUCUGGAAAAGAUGAGCACACACAUAAAUGAACAAAAACAAGAUCUGAGGAGCCAAAGAGACCUUUUAGAACAAGAAAGAGAAGAAAUAAAUCAUAAAUGGAAACAGUUACAACAGAGGAUUGAUGAAUUUGAUGCUCAAGUCAGCAAACAAAAGGAAGAGGAUUUACCAAAAGAGAAGGAGAUGAAAGAAGAUAGAAAAAGUCUAGAAGAGACCAAAGCCAACAUCCUCGAGAUGAAGACUAAAGCUGAGCCAGAGGAGAUCAAGAAAGAAAAAGAAAAAGAAGAAGAAGAACAAGAAAUGAGAGUAAAAGUAGAGAUGGAGAGAAAAGAAAUUGAGCAGAUAAAGAGCCAACUCGAAAGAGUGAGAUCUGAAAUGGAUCAUGAGCAGAAGAAACUAAAUGAUGACAAGAAGAUGAUUGAGCAGGAAAAAGAAGACCUGGAGAAGAUGAAGUCUGAAAUAAUGAAACAAAGACAGCAGAUGGAAGAAGAGAGAUCAGAACUUGACAAGAAGAUAAAGCAGACAGAUCUAGAAAAACAUGACAUUGAGAACAGCAAAGAAAUAGUUGAAAAAUUAAUGGUUGAAGUGGAAAAACAGAAGCAUGAGAUUCAAUUCCAGAAAGAAGAACUUGACAUUGAAAGACAAAAAAUUGCAGAUGAACAAGAUCUUCUCAUUCAAAAUAAGAUUGAACAGCAAAAUGAAAAUGAACGAAUCAAAGAAAUGGAUGAGGAAAUAAAGAAAGAGAGAGAAACACUGAAGGAAAUGGAAGUUAAUCUACAAAAGGAGAAAGAAGAAAUAGAGAGUGUCAUUGAAGAAACACAAAGACGAAAAGAAGAUCUGGAGAAGAUGAGCACAGACAUAAAUGAACAAAAGCAAGACCUGAUGAACCAAAGAGACCUUCUAAAACAAGAACGAGAAGAAAUGAAUCAUAAAUUGACACAGUUACAACAGAGGAUUGAUGAAUUUGAGACUACAAGUAACAUUCUUGUGACAACCAAAAUGGAAGAAAAAACAGAAAUGGAUGAAAAACUUCAACAGGCUAUUAAGGAAUAUGAAAGCAUCAUAGAAGAAACAAACAGGAAAAGAACUGAGCUAGAAGAAAUUGAGGUUGAUCAGUCACAACAAAAUAAAAACGUUGAGACCAUGAAAGAUCUUUUGGAGAAAGAGAGAAAAGACACUGAAAAGGAAAGAGAAGAGUUACAGAAACAAGCUGAUGAUCUGGAGAUGCAAAUGAUAGAGCACGGAGACAAAGAGGAGAUGAGCAAAAGAUCACUGGAUGAAGAAAAGAAGCUUUUAGAGCAGAAGGCUAAUGAAAUCCUGAGACAGAGAGACGACUUAGAGAAAGAAAAAGAGGACAUGAUGAAGAAAUGGAACGAGCUGGAUGGUCUUCAGAAGGAAAUACAAAACCAAAAGAAUGAAAUGGAAGAAAUCAAAUGUGAGUUAGAAACUAAAAGGAUUGAAAUUAUUAAAGAACAGAAACGACUAGAGGAGAGUUUAAACACUGUGAAUGAGGAGAGACAAUAUCUGGAGAUCGUGAGGGUUGACUAUGAAAAACACCAGCAGCAAAUAGAGGAGAUGAGAGUGAAAACAAAGAUGGAGAGAGAUGAACUUGACCAACUGAUGGCCAAGAUGCUAAUGGACCGAAAAGAAAAUGAAAGGAGCAAGGACAUGAUAGGACUCCUAAAGAAGGAAAUGGAGCAAACAAAAUUCAAUCUGGAUGCUCAAGAGGAGGAACUGAAACUGGAAAAGCAAAAAAUACAAAAUGAGAAGAAAGAUCUGGAGAUGUUCAAGGCUGAAAUCAAAAGAGAAGCCAGUGAAGUAAAGACAUUGAAAGAGCAGCAAUUAGAAAAAGACACAAAAGCAUUUGAAGCAUUAAAAGAGGAACAUCUACCUGGACAGUUUGUUCAACAGAAGGGAGGAGAAUUUGAACGCAUACAAAUAGAUGAAGUCAAGAGAAUUUUGUCUGAAAUUCACAAGGAAAAGAAGGAACUUGAAAGAAACAAACAAAUCCUUGAACAUCAGAGAGAAGCGCUAUUGGAGAUUAAGAGUAAACAACCAUCAGAGAGGCUGGAUGUGAUUUUGGUUAGUUCAGCUACACAAACAUCUGAUCUAGAAGACAUACCUGACGUUUCAGCCUCUCAGGGAGAGACUGUUGAGAAACACACAGACAUUAUUAAGGAAUAUACAACUUCCAUACCAAAAGAGGAAUAUGAGAUAGAUAAAUUGAAGCAGCAGGGAGACAAAAAGCUCAAAUCAACAAGAGAAGAUACCAAAAUGGCGGACACUGAAGUGACAACACAAUAUAAAUACAUUCCAGAUCCAUCCAUUAUGAUGAAGCUGGAGUCUGGUAAAGAUGAAACUGAUGGCCUUACUGAAGUGCAUACGACAGAGAGAAGGGAACUAGAAAUUACAAAACUUGCUUUACAGAGCGAGCAGCAAGAAAUCGAGAAAAUAAGACAAGACAUUGACAGAGAGAAAAAUGACCUGGAGAAAUACAGAAGCGAUCUGGAAAAACAGUAUGAAGAGAUGGAAAUAUGCAAACAGAAUAUCGAAAAUGAAAGAGCUGAGCUAGAAAUUGAUUUGGAAAACAUCAUAAUUGAGACCAAGAGCAAACAGGAGAGACUAGAAAGCAUAGAAGUCCAACUUCAAGAAAAGAAUGUACAAAUGGGAACCAUCUUAGAUGAGUUGAAUAAGAGACAAGAGGAGCUAGAUGCCAUAAAGGCAAAGACACAAAGAGAGAAAGAACAGAUGGGGCACACAGAAGAAUUGGAAAAAGAUGAGCUUAUAGCCAUACUUCAAAAAAGAGAGGAAAUUGUAAAAAGACACAUGGAGGAAAUACAAAACCAAAGGGAGGAAUUACAGAAAGAGAAAGAUCAAUUUGGAAAUAUGCAAGCUGAGCUCCAGAAGGGACAGCUGGAAAUGGAGAUGCAUCAGUUAAUGCUGAAUUCAGAAAGAGAUGAGCUGAAUGGAAUGAGAGUCAAUCUGGAGAAACAGAAGGAGGAGUUUGAGCUCAUGCAACAAAAUCUGGAAUCCAGAAGACCAGAGAGCCUUUUAGAGGAUAUCCUCAAAGAAAAGAAAAGGGUAGAAGAAAUGGCAGCCCAACUUUCCAAAGAACAGGAAGAGUUUAGAAAUAUAAUGUCUGAGACAAUUAAACGGAUGGAGAAGAUCAAACAAAUUGAGGGAGAAAUAAAAACAAAACAAAUUGAGAUGGCAUGCUUGGAAGAGCUGAAACAAAAAGAGCUGGAUGAGCAAAAAAACAUGAGAGAGUGUGAAAAUCAAGAGCUCCAGAUGAGAAGAGAAGAACUGGCAAAAAUGAAGACCGAAAUUGACAUUGAAAGAGAUGAAAUUCAGAAAUUAAGAAAGCAGUACGAGAAAGAAAAAUGCGAACUGGAACAAAUUAAACCAGACCUGCAGAAAAGAGAACCAGAGAAAAUUGAUGCAGAAGUCCAACAUGAUGAAAUCCAUGGUGGUAUAGACUCUUUGAAAGAAGAGAGAGAAGAAAUCGAAAAGAUGAAAGCUGACUUACAGAACAAACUAAGAGAAGCUGAAAACAUGAGGGAUAUUAUGAAAAGAGAAAAGGAUGAGUUAGAAAAGAAAGAAGCUGAAAUAGAGCAGAUGGCUGUAGAAACAGAGGACAAUGACAGUGACAAAAAUUUACAAGAUGAAAUGAUGAAGAUUGAAGCAAUCCUCAAAGUAACCAAGAAACAAAAAAAUUACCUGGAGCAAAUGAAUGAGAAUUUGACCAGGGAGAAAACAGAGCUGGAAACCAAUUGUCAGAUGCUAGAAAGAGAAAAGACUGAACUGAACAAGAAGGUAAAGGAAACAGAAGAGUUUCACAUGUCCAAAAUGGAGGAGAGAGAGGCAGAGAGAAAAACUAUAGAAAGAGUGAUGGAUGAGAUGGCUGAAGAGCAUGAAAAAAUCAAAAAAGAAAGAGAGGAGCUGGUAAAUAUGGAAGAAGAAAUUAAAAAGCAGAGAAGAGUCCUAGAAGAAAGUAUGAAUGAGAUGACAAAGAAGAAAAGUGAGCUACAACAUGAGAGGUCUGAAUUAUAUAAACAAAAACAACAACUGGAAGACAUGAUAGCUUCAGAAAGUAAGAGGGAUGUAGACACUGAAAGGUCCAGACAAGAUAAAGAGGACGAACAAAUAUUGAAAAGAGAGAGAGAAGAGAUUGCAGAUAUGAAAGAUCAAUUGCUGAAGGAAAAAGAGGACGUUGAAACCACUAAAGAAAGAAUUAACAGAGAGAAAGAACACAUUGAAAAAAUGCAAAGCCAAUUAAAUGACCAAAAAGAAGAAAUGGAUCUUGAAAAUCAGAAAUUAUUAUAUAUGAAGACUGAGAUUCAAGUCAAAACAAAUGCUCUUGAGAAAAUGAUGCAGGAUUUACAAAAAGAGAGGGAAAACGUAAAUGCUUUAGUAAUUCAACAUCAAAAAGAAAGAGAACAGAGGGAUAUACUAAUAGAAGAAAACAAGCGAAAAGAGAAGCAUGCAGAAGCUGAGAUUCAAAGACAGUUCGAGGACAUAGAAAGUGUGAAAGUCAGGUUGGUGACAGAGAGCAAUCAAAUUGAUAAGAUGAAUUCAGAAUUAAAGACUAGAAGUGAAGAACUAGAGAAUCUAAUCAAAAAACAGCAAAAAGAAUUUGAAACAAAAGAGAAUGAAAUGCAAAGAGAACGAAAGGCUUUGGAAAAGAUGAACGCUGAGCUAGAAAGGAAAUCCACUGAACUUAAAAACAAGAUUGAGAAAGUAACUGUCUGGGAAGCAGAUUUACAGAAAGAGAAAAACAAGACAGAAGAGCUAAAGAACAUCUUAGAAAGAGAGAAAAGUGAACUUUACCAAGAGAAAGCUCAAGUACAACAACAAAAACACGAAAUGGAAACCAUUCGGAAAACCAUGAAGAGUGAGAUGGAAAACCUGGAGUGUUUAAGAAAUGAACUUGAAGAUGAGAAGAAAAGCAUGCUGAGUAGACUGUCAAUGGAAAAACAUGAAAUAGAUAAAUUAAAAACAGAGAUACAGUCAGAGAAGGAGAGUAUUGAAGAGGAGAAGAAGACGUUAAAGCAGUUGAAGGAUGAAAAUGAAAGUAAAAGAACUCAAUUGGACAAUACCAUAGAGAAAAUGAACAUGGAUAAACUAAGCAUUCAAAGAGAAAAAGACUCCCUUGAAGAGAUCAAGGCUGAUUUACAAAGAAAGGCUGAAAAACUUGAUGAGGAAAUGAGGAAAGCAGUGCAAAUCACUUCUCAAAUCAGUCAGGAUGCAAAGAUUUUGGACGAUGACAGAGAAAAGGAAGAAGAGCUAAGAUCCAUGCGUGCUGAUAUUGAAAGACAAGCUAAAAUUCUGGAAUCUGAUGUACAGCUACUUCAGACAGAAAAAGAGAUCUUGGAAAAGAGCAAAACAGAGAAUGACCUGCUGAGAGAAGAUCUAGAAAAACAAAGAAAAAGAAAUGACUUGACUUUGCAAGAACUGCGCAAAGAGAAAAUGGCACUGGAGCAGAUGAUUACUGACAUAACAAAGGAGAAAGAUGCAGUAGCAAGCUUGCAGAAUGAAGUAAGUCUUAAACAACAUGAGCUGAAAAACAAAGAAACAGAACUCGAUGAGCAAAGAAAAGAAAUGGAUGACCUAAGAAUGCAGCUGGAAAUGAGGCAAAAUUCUACAAAUAAACAGCAGCAGGAGGUUGAUGUCUUUAUUGUUGAAAACAUGAAAAUGAGAAAUGACUUAGAGAGCAUGAAAACCCUUCUGGAUGAAGAGAGACGGCAGCUGCAAGACAAUAUUAAAACGUUUGAAGACCAGAAGAAUGUUCUUCAUCCAAGCAAGACUGAUGCAGUGCAACAGACAGAUGAGCUUGAGAAAUUCACAACAGACAUAAAGACUGAAAAGGAGCAUGUUGAAAAGGAAAGAGAAGAGAUUGAUGUUUUGAACAAGGAAAUAAUUAAAAGUAAAGAGGAACUCCAAAGCUUGAAUCUUGAGAUUGAAAUGUUUAAGCAGGAAAUAGCAGGGAAAAGAGCUCAGAUUGAAAGUCUUGAGCAAUUAAGAGCAGAUUUACUUGCAGGAGCUGAUGACAUUAAAACAUUGGUGCAGACAGAAAAACAAAUGGCCAUCGAGGACACUGAAAAAAAGACAGAAGUUGAACUGCAGAUGAAUCUACAGAAACAGAAGAAUGAAUUAGAGGAACUGAGGAAUACAAUUGAGGCAGAAAAACAUCAGGUUGAGAACAGAAAGAUCAUGUUAGAUAAACAGCAGAAGGAGGUGGAAGACAUCAUGACAGUCAUCAAAAGUGAAAGAGAUGUACUUGAGAAAGAGAAGUCUGAACUGAACAAACUCAGCCAUGUUCUCAAUGAAAAAGUACAGAGAGAACAAGAAGAGCUUGAAAGGCUCCUUGAGAAAGAAAGAGAUGACAUUGAAAACUGCAAAAAGAUCAUCGAGAGUGAAAAACAGAGUAUUGAAAGGGAGAGAGCUGAGUUAAAGAGACUAAAGGAAGAAGUUGAAGUACAGCAUGAGAGAACUUUGCUGCAACAAGAUAAAAACAUGAUACAGAAAGAAAAAGAGCACCUGGAAGGCGAAAAAGCUAGAACAACAGAGGAAAUUCAUAACCUCAAGGAGGAAAUAAAGAGAAAAUCAUCUGAAUUGGACAUGUUAAACAAAGAGAUUGAAGCAAAACGACAGGAGGAAGAACUGCAUGGCUUACCAGAAGAAAUAGAGAUAGAGGAUCACUUAAAGAAAGAAGAUGAUGUCCUGAGAGAGGAAAUAAUAAAGAAACAACAAACAGAUGCAUCUCAGAAGUUUCAGCUGAAAACCACCUCAAGAGAUGCUGAAACACAAACAUCUUUAGAUGAAAUUACAAAAACAGAUGAACGAAGGCAAAGAGCAUUAGAAGAAACAGUUGCAACAACAGCAAAACAACCCAUUGUGAUAAAGUUAGAGGACACACUCACAUCUGAAGUCCAAGAAAUGAGGGACCAUUUAAACAAUGAAAUUAAAGAGUUGGCGAGAAUGAAGACAAUUAUGAAAAUGGAGAAAGACCAACUGAAACAAGCAAAAUCUGACAUUCAAACGCAGAUGGAGGAAUUUGAGAGAAAUAUGGAGGAAGCCAUGGAGGAGAAAUCAAGAAAUGAAGAAAAGCUGCUGCAACUUACACAUGACAAAGAGGAUUUAUCAAACACCCUUGAUAAGAAAAAUAAAGAAAUAGAGAACAACACAGAAACAUUUCUGAAGAAGAUAGCUCAACUGGAAACAACUAUAGUUUUGAUGAAAAAAGACAAGGAAAACAUUGAAAAUGAGUUACUUCAGCUGAAACAAAUUGAACAGGAGAGAGAAAUCCAAAGAAAGGCAGAUGUUACUUCCACUGAAAAAGAAAUGUACACUGAAAAAGUCACAUAUAAAACAGAACUGGAAGACAGCAAAGAGAAGAUAAAGCCAGACAGAGACAGCACCCUGGAACUGACUGACACUGAUAGUGCCAAAACAGACGGAGAAAGAGAAGCACAAACCUUGGAAACUAAAGUCCAAGACGUUCUCCAGCUAACAGAUGACACCACACAAGACCAAGAAGAGCUACAUGAUGAAAUGGAGAAUAAAAUGAAGAUCAUUCUUGAACUGAAUAAGGCUAAGAAAGACCUGCAAAAACUAAAGGAAGAAUGCAGAAGUGCUGAAGAAGAAAAGUCAGUGAUCAUGGAGAGCCUCGAGAGAAGGAGGAACAGCCUAGAAAAGGUUCAAUCUGAAGUUCUGUCACUGACACAAGAGAUUGAUCAUCUUGCACAGAUCAAGACUGAAAUGCAACAAAUCGAGAUCAAAAUGCAAAUACAGACAAGGAGUGUGGCGACUCAAUGGGAAACUGAUGUUCAAAUUCAACAAGAAGGCCAAGAGCCAAUAGAGACAACAGGACAUAUUACAAAGAAAUCAGAAGAGGAAAUAUCUGCAAAAAAGACAAAACAACCAAUUGUGACAAAGUUAGAGGACACACUCACAUCAGAAGUGCAAGAAAUGAGAGACAUGGAAAUAGAAGAUGUGGCGAGAAUGAAGACAAUGAUGAAAAUGGAGAAAGACCAACUUGAGCAAGCAAAAUCUGACAUUCAAAGGCAGAUGGAAGAAUUUGAGAGAAAUAUGGAGGAGACCUUGAAGGAAAAGUCAAGAAAUGAAGAAACAUUACUGCAACUUCUACAUGACAAAGAUGACUUAUCAAACACCCUUGAUGAGAAAAGUAAGGAAAUUGAGAACAUCACAGUAACAUUUAAGAGAAACAUAGCACAACUGGAAACAACUAUAGCCAUGAUGAAAAAAGACAAAGAAAACAUUGAAAAUGAGUUACUUCAGCUGAAACAAACUGAACAGGAGAGAGAAAUCCAAAGAGGAACAGAUGAUACUUCCAACGAAAGAGAAAAUUAUGAUGAAAAAGUCACAUACAAAACUGAACUGGAAGACAGCAAAGAGAAGAAAAAGCCAGACAGAGACAGCUCCCUGAAACUGACUGAUGCUGAUAGUGCCAAAACAGAUGGAGAAAGAGAAGCACAAACCUUGGAAACUAAAGUCCAAGAUGUUCUCCAGCUAACAGAUUACACCACACAAGACCAAGAAGAGCUACAUGAUGAAAUGGAGAAUAAAAUGAAGAUCAUUCUUGAACUGAAUGAGGCUAAGAAAGACCUGCAAAAACUAAAGGAAGAAUGCAGAAGUGCUGAAGAAGAAAAGUCAGUGAUCAUGGAGAGCCUCGAGAGAAGGAGGAACAGCCUAGAAAAGGUUCAAUCUGAAGUUCUGUCACUGACACAAGAGAUUGAUCAUCUUGCACAGAUCAAGACUGAAAUGCAACAAAUCGAGAUCAAAAUGCAAAUACAGACAAGGAGUGUGGCGACUCAAUGGGAAACUGAUGUUCAAAUUCAACAAGGCCAAGAGGCAACAGAGACAACAGGACAUAUUACAAAGAAAUCAGAAGAGGAAAUAUCUGCAAAAAAGACAAAACAACCAACCGUGACAAAGUUAGAGGACACACUCACAUCAGAAGUGCAAGAAAUGAGAGACAGUUUAAAUAAAGAAAUGGAAGAUGUGGCGAGAAUGAAGACAAUUAUGAAAAUGGAGAAAGACCAACUUGAACAAGCAAAAUCUGACAUUCAAACGCAGAUGGAAGAAUUUGAGAGAAAUAUGGAGGAAGCCAUGGAGGAGAAAUCAAGAAAUGAAGAAAAGCUGCUGCAACUUACACAUGACAAAGAGGAUUUAUCAAACACCCUUGAUAAGAAAAAUAAAGAAAUAGAGAACAACACAGAAACAUCUCUGAAGAAGAUAGCUCAACUGGAAACAACUAUAGUUUUGAUGAAAAAAGACAAAGAAAACAUUGAAAAUGAGUUACUUCAGCUGAAACAAACUGAACAGGAGAGAGAAAUCCAAAGAGGAACAGAUGAUACUUCCAACGAAAGAGAAAAGUAUGAUGAAAAAGUCACAUACAAAACUGAACUGGAAGACAACAAAGAGAAGAAAAAGCCAGACAGAGACAGCUCCCUGAAACUAACUGACGCUGAUAGUGCCAAAACAGACGGAGAAAGAGAAGCACAAACCUUGGAAACUAAAGUCCAAGAUGUUCUCCAGCUAACAGAUGACACCACACAAGACCAAGAAGAGCUACAUGAUGAAAUGGAGAAUAAAAUGAAGAUUAUUCUUGAACUGAAUGAGGCUAAGAAAGACCUGCAAAAACUAAAGGAAAAAUGCAGAAGUGCUGAAGAAGAAAAGUCAGUGAUCAUGGAGAGCCUCGAGAGAAGGAGGAACAGCCUAGAAAAGGUUCAAUCUGAAGUUCUGACACUGACACAAGAGAUUGAGCAUCUUGCACAGAUCAAGACUGAAAUGCAACAAAUCGAGACAAAAAUGCAAAGACAGACAAGGAGUGUGGCGACUCAAUGGGAAACUGAUGUUCAAAUUCAACAAGAAGGCCAAGAGGCAACGGAGACAAGAGGACAUAUAACAAAGAAAUCAGAAGAGGAAAUAUCUGCAAAAAAGACAAAACAACCAACUGUGACAAAGUUAGAGGACACACUCACAUCAGAAGUGCAAGAAAUGAGAGACAGUUUAAAUAAAGAAAUGGAAGAUGUGGAAAGAAUGAAGACAAUGAUGAAAAUGGAGAAAGACCAACUGGAACAAGCAAAAUCUGACCUUCAAAGGCAGAUGGAGGACUUUGGGUCAAAUAUGGAAGAAGCCAUGAAGGAGAAGUCAAGAAAUGAAGAAAAGUUGCUGCAACUUACACAUGACAAAGAUGUCUUAUCAAACACCCUUGAUGCGAAAAAUGCAGAAAUCGAGAACAUCAUUGAAUCAUUCAUAAAGAAGAUGGCACAACUGGAAACAACUAUAGCCAUAAUGGAAAAAGACAAGGAAAACAUUGAAAAUGAGUUACUACAACAGAAAGAUAAAGAAGACAAAGCAGUAGAGACAGAAUUCAGUCAAGAACCUACAGAAGAUGUCAAGCAAAGGAGAAGCAUAGAGACACAAACAGAAGAAGACCAGGAAACAGAUGCGAUACCACAGUAUGGAGAAAUAGAAGCAAUGAAAAGGAGAAUACUAGAAAUGAAGGAAGAACUAAAAAGCAAAUUACAAGACAUCAGGAGAAAGGAAAUGGAAAGACUUGGCAUGCAAAGAGAAAAAAUCGAGUUGGAGCUACAGAAAGCUGAAAUCGAGAGAUACAAUGAAGCACUUCAGCGAGAGAGAGAAACCGACAGACUUAAGCUCAUGGAAAAAGAGAGGGAAAUACUUCUUUUGAGGGAGUAUAUGAUGAUUGAGAUCAAUCAACUGAGAAGCUCAGAGACAGAAGAAACAAGUCCUCAGCAUUUGGAGAUGAUGGAGCACUUCAUCAGUGAUGCAGCAGUAAGAAUGAACCAGUUCAGAAGGGUUACAGACAGAGCCGUGCAAACGCUGAUUUUGGAAAUAGAUGAAGAACAGUUUGGAGGAGCUCAGGGAGGGUCAAGUGAAAAAGUGCAAAGUGUCAGUGCAAGGGCGGAGAUUGCUCUGGAUAUCCUAAGAGAGCACAGGGAGGUGGAAGUGAGAGAAGAAUCCCAGAGAAGAGAUGUAGCUGGGCCAACUUCACGGAGAUCAAGGCUACUGCACUGGAUCAGAAGACGCUGCUGUUGCUGCUGUCCCAGACAUUCUAGAAACACAGUGGAAGAAGAGCAAGACAGUUUAUAAUCACAGGGGCAAUCUCCUCAUACACCAGCAGUGUGCAGCAUCCACCUGGAUGACGCGUUGGCAGCCAUAUUGCAGCAGACCACACACAGAGUGAUGAAGCCAAUUAUCAUAUGGGGAUGGUUAGGAGGCCAUGAUGGACAGAGGCCAGUGGGCAAAUUUGACCUGAAUGCCAGGCUUAAACCCCUAUUCUUUUUGGAAGGACAUCCUGGGAUCCUAGGCCCACAGAGAGUCGGGACCUUGGUUUAAUGUCUCAUCCGAAAAACAGCGCUCACGGAACAGUAUAGAGUCCCCGUCACUAU